AUCCUCGUCGAACGCCAACGAUGUAACUGGGAAAGUUGUCAAGAAUAUUUUCAACUAAAAUUGCCAAGUUUCCGAGGCGCGCCCCUCCCGGGAGUGGGGAAGUGUAGAAAAAAUUGUUUUUCUUCCGAAUAUCGCGUGCCGAAAUGUCAAGAAAAGUCGAAGCUGUCGACGUGCUGGAGGUGCUCGAACGGAAAUUGGCCUAUUUGCCUGGUGGACGUGACCGCGAGGGCCGACCUCUUCUCCUGGUGAACGUACCGAUCGAUCCGCGGGAUUGCUCCACGAAGAAGGCCAAGCUGGAACGUCUCACGGCGUAUCUUCUCUCAGUUUUCAACGAGGAAACUCGACGCAACGGUAUCUGCGUUAUAAUCGACGCGAGGCAAGGCUCCUGGCGAGUUGCAAGAUCGUACAUCAGACGAACCGUUCUUUUCGUCGGCAAUUUAGCAGCCAGAGUUAUCGUUCUUCGGCCAGAAGGCUUUUGGGAAAAGAGGGUCGACAACUGCACCAAGUCACGCAAAGAUGGCGAGCCGAUCUACAUUCCUAUCACGCGGCUCGGAGCUCAUGUCGAAACUGUUCAACUACCUUACGAUCUCGGAGGGACCAAAUUUCACGAUCACUCACGCUGGAUUCAAACUCGAAUGAAAGUCGAAAGAUACGAAAAAACUUCGGAAAUAUUGGUCGCCAAGAUGGUUUAUCUUCGUGGCAAGUUGUGCAGCUUCGAUCCUUUGCGAUCGAGAGAUCGAGCGGAAGUUGAUCUUGGUUCGUACUGGGAAGCCGGAACCGAGUUGGCCGAAAACGCUCAGGAAGUGCUGAUUUCAGGACGGAAUCUACUGAGUGCAAUGAGCAGGGAAUCUUCUCAAGAUUAUUUGGAUACUGUGCAAAGCAUCAAUAGAAUUUUGGACACUAUAGAAUUGGAACAGGUCGAACUGGAAAAAGGGUGGACUAAACUGGCCCAAAAUUUGGACAUAGCUCGUGAGAUAAACGAGCUCGAAAAGGGAUUGAGCCAAGUGACCAACUGGAUUCUGGGACCCGCUGAUUUUAUGCUCAAUUCACGCUGCCAAGUAGGUUACGAUGUUACGUCGUCAGAAAAUUUACGAAUGGAGCACGAACGCUUGGAGUUGGAAUGCAAGAACGCUUACACUCGCUAUGCGGAGUUACUCCACAGAAUUGACAGUGUGCCGGAGGAUCGAUUGACGGAGGACGUCAAAUCUCAGAGAGACUUCAUGGAUUUCGUGUGCAAAAACUUCGCCACGAGGCUGGAAAGACGGAGAAGCGUUUUGAUUACUUCGCAAAGAUUCUUUCGCCUGGUUUCGGGGUACUUUGAUCGAACGAGCGAAGUUUUUGACAAACUGGUGAUGGGCAACCGAACUUGCGCUCUGUCCCAGGCCAGCCUCAAGCUCCGGAACCUCGAGAAGAGUCAAACCAUUUUAGAUGGACUGCAGUGCCAACUGGUCCAGGAAGGAGAAAAGCUCUCCGAAUUGUUGGCGAUUCCGAUCAAAGACGCGCUCGCGCGUCAAGUUCCUGUCGACUACAGCGAGGACAUUAUCAACAUUCGCGACAUUCUGGACGCUUCGAACGCUCGAAAAAAUAUCUUCAACGAUAGCGUCGAACUCCAGAAAUUGACGCUCAAACAAAUGGCGCUAAUCUACGCUUACGAAAAUGAUGCCGAGCAGGCUGUCAGAUGGCUCACCGAUUUGCUCGGAGUCGUCGUAGAUAAUCACACCGAAAUUGGAUCUCACGCCGCUGAAAUACAAACGCAAAAAGAAGAGCAUCAAACCUUCCAGGACACGGCGAAGGGUACCUUCGACUACGGUUACCAACUGGCGAACGGUGCUCGAGUCCUGAGAAUCUCAUGCAGAUUGGAACUCGAGAGCAACACGAGUUUGGCAUCGAGACUGCGCCAAGCCUGGCGACGCUUGCGCUCCGUAGGACAGGAGCAGCUCACGAGGCUGAGAGUUUGCGCAGUUUUUCACAGGAGCGUCGACGAGCAUUCAGCCGCUCUGAACGAGUUGAUCGACACGAUCGAGGAGUCUUUCAUGCUCCACGAAACCUCCAUUCCCAAAGACUCGUCUUUCGAUAGAACACUCAUGUCGAGGACCGAAACACUUCGGGAGGUUCUCGAUGAUCGAGAAAAACUUUUGCCCGAUGUCGGCCGGACGAUCCGGCUCGGGAGGCUGCUGAAAACGCGCUUGAAGGAGCCGCUCUGUGCGCAGAGGAGAAUGUCGAAUCCCGAGUCAGCGAGUUCGUCGAGCUUGGACGAUCACGUUGGUAAUUUAACCGCGGUGGAUGCGAUAUCGGAAAGGUUGGCCGAGGUGACGCGUUUGGCUGAGAAACUCGACGAGAGAUUGUACGAAGCCGGUGCGCGGAUAAGGAACGCAUCGAGGCAAAUUGGGGAGCGAUCCUCGUGCUCGUUUAAAUGCGAGCAAGUUUCUGAAGCGGCUAGCAGCGAGGUUCAAAAAUCAGUGAGCUUCGACGAGGCCGGUGAAAAGUUUGGCAAAAAUACGGAUCACGACGUCGACGAGUCCUGCACGGAGGAUUUCGUUACGGCUACGGAAUGCACGACGACGCCGAUCGCCCGAUCGAGGAGCGAAUCUUUCGCUACCAUGUCCGAGGCCGACGAAGCCCUGCACACUUCAGAGCUCCGCAAUACUCGGCAAGACGCACCAGAAGAGGCUCGGCUCCAAAAACAAGAGUUCGGAGCUUACAAUAAUCUCGACGAUUCCCACCGGGACGAACAAAUCCUUUCGAACGGCCACGCGAUGGCGGACACCAAAAGGGAGGACCGGCUGCCCGAAGCUGACGUCGAGAGAGCGAGUUCUACGUCGAUCAUCGAAAAAGUGGAGGAGAAAUGUGGAAAGAUCGUAAAAGAAGUGACGGAGACAACGACUCUGAGAGUUUCUCACGACACUCGUUUCGGCGUGGCCUCGUACAAGCUGACCUCGAACACUCUGCGCGAGGCUCACGAGCACACGGGCCUCAAGGGGAUCCUGGACACGAAGGGAUUCGGCGUGAAGACGAAUGGUCACGCCGAGAAUAAUUUACCUGACAAAGACGAAUUGUGCGACUAUGAGAGAGAAGAAAUUUCGAUUUCGGACGUCAAGCCCCCCCUGGAAGCUCUGGAGAACGGUGAAUCCUCGAAAUUGUCGAAAAUCGUUCGAGAAUCGAGUCAAAGGGAGAGCAAAACCUCGGACAAUUUAAACGAGAAUAACAACGUCGUUAAAACGCUUUCUUACUGUUUGGAGUCUCGAGGCAACAACGACAGCGGUAUCGAAAUGACGCCCGCGAAGAACGGAGAUUAUCUGGAACAGAACGAAGAACUCGAAGACUUGGAACUUCUGACGAAACUGAAAACGAGCGGAGAAUGGCUGAGGCUGAAGGUACUCGAAGUACGACCGGAGUUGACGAGACUCGGUGCGACGGUCGAGGAAGCUACGAGAUUAUCGACCGCCCACGACGAGGUCCUCGUGCGUCUCCAGAGCAAGCAAAGCCCCGUUGAAGAGUUGCUCAAGCAAGCUGACCAACUGAUUUCGACCCAACGUCCCAGAGCUGAGGUUUACGCUGCGAUGGCUGAGACCCUGGGACAAGCCUGGCGCGAUGUCAACACGCUGCUGGAGCUGCGAAAACAGAUUCUCGAUCAUAACGUGCUGUUUCAACGUCGAGCCGAGGAAUGCCGGGAAAGUACGAAAGCCCUGGAAAUGGCCUGCAACGACACACUUUUGCCCAUAGAAAUAGAAGCCGUUAGAAAAUUCCUCGAUAAAAUUCACGAGCUACGAAAGUCCAUGCUGUCCGCUCUGAUGGGCGCUCUCCAAGAGGGAAAAGCUCUGUUGGACCGUUUGAAAGAAAUUGCGAACGAGGGCACUCUCGAUUCGAGACCCGAUCGAAUAAAAGCUGAUGCCGAUCACGCUGUCGUUCAGGUGGAAAAAUGGCUCGAGGAACUCCACGACCAGCGACGCCUCAUUGAAAUUUCUUUCAGCAGUCGAAAAACUCAGCUGGAACAAUGUUUGGCUCUCGCACUUUUGGCCACCGAAUUGCGAGAUUUGGAAGAAAUUUUGAGCGACAGAAUAGCAGCCUUGGCCAGCAGCAGCGAUCAACUCGGAGAUUCUUCUUCGAGUGCUGAACUCCUGCUUUUCGAGCUCAAGAAACUCCAGAACGAGGCAAAGGAGUUCCAAGACCGAUCGAUCAAGAUAACCAAAUCCACUGAGACGUUAGCAACCUCAGGACAUUUCGCUGGCGAUCAAGCGACCGAACAAGCUUACGCGAUAUUGGAAACUGCUGCUGAUUAUGUCAACGAUUUGGACCAGUACGAAAGCCUCUUGAACCGAGCCAUCGCCUAUUUCGAAUCUGCACGAUCGGCUUUCACGAAGCUCGAUCAGCUAGAGAUUCAGCUAGCAACGACGGAACAUCCGGAGCACUCUGCUCAACUGGCACGUUUUCACGCCCAAGCAGCAUCAACGCUCACGGACGUGACUGCGGUUCCAUUGAGCGAAGGAUACGCUCUGCUCGACAUAACGGGAAGAGGAGCGCCCGGCGCCGAGGGCGUCAAACGGACGGUCGAGGAGCUCGAGAACCGUAAGAUUCGCUUGAUGGAACGUUGCACUGCCCACAAGGAAGAAAAUCUCCGGAUAUCGCGAGGCCUGGCAGCGUUCUUCGAAAAAUACGACGAGCUGCGUUCGUGGCUGGCGGGAAUCGCCGACGCGUUUUUGCGGGGUCACCAAGAUAUGGGAAGCGACGUUCCCAUGGCCAAAGAUUUCUACAGAAUUCAUUGCCAGCUGCUCGAAGACCUCGGCAAACGUGGCCUCGAGAUCGACGAAGCCCUUGCCGUUCUCUCCGGGACCAUUCUCGAAAUCCCUGACGAGCGACAACGCGCUCACAAGAAACAGGAGAUUGAAGAAAGAGUCGAGACCCUACGAGACUCUUGGCUGGACUCACGCAACUCCGUCGAAUUUCGUGUCAAACUCGGCUCCCUCUACGUCGACUUCCACGAAGCCGCCCAACGCCUCGGCAACGAAGUUGAUCAGCUGGAAACCGAAUUCAAACAAAACGUCGAACGAAUGGACGACCAGAAAAUCGCCGAUUUGGAAUCACGCUGGAAAGAGCUGCAGCCGCUCUACGUCAAGCUCACCCAAUCCGGUGCCAGGUUCAACGACGAAGCCGAUCGCAGCACUGACGCCUAUCUCGACGUUCCGAGAGCCAGAUUGUGCGUUGAGACGACCCUUGAACGCUUUGCAAACAAACAAUUAAACGUCACGGAAUCCUGGGAAAAUUGGCAAACCACUGUCGUAACUGUCAAGGAAAGGAGAAUCGAACAGGAAAAGAGAGUCGAAGAGAGCACGAGGACACUCGAAUGGGUCUCGAAAUUCGGUGAGCAACUGUACCCAAUCUUGACCUCCGACUCGACGAACCCUUCGACGUUGCUCCAAGACCUGGAGAGUUCGCUGAUCGGGAUACUUCCGGAAUUGAAGAAAGCGGUUACGGAACUCGACGCGAGGAUAAAGAGCGUGGAGACCUUCGGAUACGGCGCUGACGAGGACCGGGCUGGAGAACGAAUCAGGCUCCAACUGUCCCGGGUUUACGAUCAUCUUAGAACGACGGCUUCGGAUUAUCAAAUUUUGUUAGAAUCGUUAAUUUCAGUAUUUCGGCGCUUGGUCGAGGUCGAGGAAAAAGUCGUUGAGGCGAAGCGCACGCGGCAGGAGCUCGAGAGAUCAGCGACUUCCGGUUUCCUCUCGGAAGCGGCCCGGAAAGAGCUGCGCUCGAGGUCCGACAGCCACGAAACGGAGCGUCGCUCCAUCGGCGAAACUUUGGAAAACCUCCGACUCGAAAUCGAUCGGGUUGUCGCCAGAAUCGAAAAGCAAGAGCCACCGGAAGCUGCGUCCCAAGAAAUCGAGAGAUUGAAACGCGCGCUCUCUCACACCGCGUCCGAGUGGGAAGACUCGUGGCUGGAAACGAGAAAUCGACUCGACGGGGGCAUCCGGUACUGCGAUUUCGCUGACGAUCUCGAUCUCAUCGACGCUGACCUCCGUCGAUUAGCCCAUCAAUUGGAAGCCUCCAGCCCACGUCUCACCGGCGACAGUUUGCCGGCCGUUGAAUCAGCGUCGCGAACUUUCUCACAGUUUGAAACAACGAUUACGACUUUGGAAGAGCGAAUAACGCAUUUCGUGAAGACAACGGAAGAAAACGUAGCGCUCACUUCGCCGGAUUCCCCGUUGACGAUUCACCGUGAGUUGUCAGGGCUGAAGGAGCGAUGGCACGAGUUGAAGAGAAUCGCAGCAGAAACCAGGAAACGCAUUGAUCUGAGCAUCGAGUACUUCCAAUUAUUGGAGGAAGCCAAGAGUUGGUACAGAGAAGGCAACAAAUUGUUGAUCGUCAUUGCGAGAAAAGCGACGGCGGCUAAAGUACCGGGAGAGGCCGCUGAACUGUUGAGGGACGUUGAAAGAUUUUUGAAGGCAGGUGAAGACCGACAGGAGAAAAGGAUCGAGAAAAUCCGCGAACUGUCGACCCUCGUUUUCGGUACCGACAGGCUGCCCCAAUUCAACGACGUCGUCGUAGAAAAUCGCGAAACCCUCGACUCGUUCGCGGUUAUAACGUCGGAGCUUCGCACGCUCGAGCAAAAUCUCGAAAGCUCGGUGAUCGAGCUCGAGGACAAAUUGAAAGAAAAGUUACGCGAGGAAGAGGAGAUCAGGGAACUCGAGAUCGCACGGGCCGAAGCUCGCGCUGCUUACGAGGCCGAAAUCGCGAGAAAAGCCGAAUCUCUCGCUCAAGAAGAGCCCAAAAAAUCAAUCCCCACGACCGACUCUUCCGUACAAACGAACUCUUCGAUCACUCAGCGAAAAGAAGAACGAGUCGUUCAAGAAACUAUCACGUCAGCGAUUACCACCAAAGAAAUUCGAAUCCUCCAAAAGACUGAGCUGGAGGAGGAAGUGCCAGUUCUCAUGGCCCCGUUAGGAUCAAAAGAGCCGCGUGAAGAGGCGGAAACGUUGGAACUGGCAAAAAACGUGCUACCGGAAAUGAGCGAGUGUGGGGAGGCUCCAAGGUUCAUAGUAUUUCUGAACGAUACGACGAUCGAGGAAGGGCAGCGUUUGAGUUUGGAGUGCAGAUUGGUUGCUCGUCCGACCCCUGAGGUCGUUUGGUACAAAGACGGAAUAUCGAUACUGAAUAAUCCCGACUAUCGGACGAGCUUCGACGAAGAAACUGGCUCAUGCACUCUCAUGAUCGAGGAAACUUUUACCGAGGACUCGGCCAAGUUCACCUGCAAAGUUUUCAACAUUCUCGGAAUGGCAGAGACCUCGGCUAACCUCACAGUCAAAGAAACAGCGCCGGAGCAUCAGCUGAGUCCGCCCAUAUUCGUCAAGGAAUUGUCGGCCUCGAGAGCGAAGAAAGGGAGCUCGCAUCUGCUCGAGUGCACCGUCACUGGAAGCCCAUUACCAACGGUGCAGUGGUACAAGAACGAUACGAAUAUCGACGAUUCGCCUGACUACGCGAUAACUUACAACAACGGGGAGGCCGUUGUCAAAUUUUACGAAAUAGUUGCCGAGGACGCUGCGAGUUAUAGCUGCAAAGCGACGAAUCGAUUGGGCCAAGCAUCGACGUGUGCCAAACUCGAAGUCGAAAUCCCUGAGGCAAAACAACCGGAAGUGGCUCAACGGAUCGUCGAAAAUGGUUUUUCGAGCGUCUCACCAGAACCGAAGUUCGAAACCGUCGUCGAAGAAACUCGCAGCACUCGACACACCGAAACUAUCGAGGAAAAAAUUAUUCGAGAGUCGAAACUAGUCACGAUUGAGACGACCCCCGAAGAAGAAAUGGGCAGUGCGACGAGUCAGGAGCUCCCUCCCGAGGUCAGCAAAGAGAUCGAGCUCCCUGAAGCGGAAGUGCCCAAGCACGUUGACGUCAAAGACAGUGCUCAGGCUCCUGUGCAGGAAGAGCUUCCGGAAGACAAAGAAAUUCAGGAGCCGACGAUCGAGCCAAGUAUCCAAGUGCCGCUAAAAAAUACUCAAGUUUUUGAAGGUCGCACCGCCAAAUUGGAUUGCGUAAUCAUAGCGCAACCGGAGCCGGAGGUGAUUUGGUACCACAACGAAAAACCAGUGAAGGAAUCAGCGGACUUCCAGCUGCUUUUCCAAGGUGACAGAUGUUCGCUCGUGAUCCACGAGGCGUUUUUGGACGACGGAGGAAAGUACAAAGUCGUAGCAAUAAAUUCGCGAGGCGAGGCAUCGAGCGAGUGCGUUCUUUCGGUUGUUCCAGCCUCCGAUACGAGCGAUCGACUCGCGAGUGGCAACGUGCCCCAGUUCGUGAAACUGAUGACUGACGCUCUCGUGGAAGAGGGCGAAGACACGACUUUCGAGUGCCAAGUCAGUGGCGAUCCCCGCCCGGAUCUCAGAUGGUUCUUCAAUAAUGUAGAAAUAGACGAGCUCAACGAGCGCAUCAAGGCGAUCCAUGACGAGACGGGUGUGUGCACAUUGACGAUUUCACCGACGUGUUUGGAGGACAAGGGCAACUAUGUGGCAAAAGCAACGAAUUUGCACGGUGCGGCCAAGGCCAUAGCUCGUUUGGUGGUGAAGCCGGUGAUGAAUUCUACGAAUAAGGCCGAGGCGAUGGUCCAGAUGUUGAAGAAGCUGGUGCCGCCGACGUUCGAAGAAGUUUUCGCGGAUAGAACAGUGCCGCGUGGUGCAACGACGAAAUUCGAGUGCAUCGUUCACGGGACUCCGACUCCGAAGAUACAAUGGCUGUUCAACGAUCGACCGGUGCACGGUACGGGAUUUCUGUUAUCGGUGAGUGGGGAGCGUCAAGUGCUGACCGUACCGGAAGCUGCGCCUGAGCACGUCGGUACGGUUUCAUGCGUGGCGGAAAACGCAGCUGGAAAAUCAACGUGCACGGCCAAACUCGAAGUCGGUGUAGGAGGAACGAUCGAGGGAGGUGAGGAGAAAGAGGCCGGUGAAUUGGUGAUCAUCGAAAGCGAAAUGAAUCCAUCGAGCAGUAGCGACAGAUACUUCACCACGGAGAGAAAGACCGUGGGUGAAGGGGAAGUCCCGGCGGGUGGUCAAGUUUUAACGAAAAUGUCGUCCUCGAUGACACAAUCGUCGUCGAGUCACUCGUCAUGCGUGAAGGAAUACAAAUCUUCGACUUCCAGCUUCCUCGAGGCUGGAAGAGUCCCGGCUCCGGGGAACGUCGUCACCAAGACUACGAUCGAGAGCAGCGAAUUUUUGUCUCAGGCAAACGGUGCACCGCCGGUUGUACAGAGCCACAAAGUCGAGGAAUUCGAACGAAUCAUUCAGGACACACCGGGCGAAAUGAGACAAGAAAAGACUGUCGUCGUUACCGAGGGACGUGCCAAGGUGCAAAAACCCACGAGAAAAACAACUGCGCCGAGAUUCGUCUCACCUGUUACUGGGAUGAUCGUCGAUCAGGGCAGUGACGUCGUUCUCGAAGGAGUCAUCGACGGCUUUCCACAACCGAACGUAAGCUGGUCCAAAAAUGGUCAACAGCUGAAGGACAACGUAAAAACGACUUACGCUCACAACCACGUCAGACUGGAACUGAAAAACGUGAACGUCAAGGACGCCGGUCGUUACACGUGCACGGCGAUAAACGAGGCUGGCAAUGCCAGCAGCACGGCUGAUCUCGUUGUCAAAAAAACGAUAUUCCCUCCGGUGUUUGGCAAGAGGCUCCAGGCUCAGGUCGUCAAAAGAGGCGAACGAGUCGUCAUGGAGGUCGAAAUAACCGGGACUCCCGAACCCACAGUCACUUGGUACAAGGACGACGUACCAGUUCGAGAAAGACCACCGGAAGUGAGACUCCGACAGCUGGGAAACUGCUACUUGCUCGUUAUCGAAAAAGCCGAAAAGGAACACGCUGGCAAGUACAUGGUGAACGCAACUAACGCUGGUGGCGAGGCUCAAAGUAUCGCUGAUUUUGCUGUCUUCGAACCAACCCCGGACACCAUGGUCGAAGUGCACAAAACCAUCGUCUACGAGAAUGUUCACGAUAAAAAUAUCGUCCAGCCCGACGGAAAGAAGAGCGAGAUACCGUCGGCGAAUUUGACAACCGAGCACAUUGCGACGACGAUGAUUCAGCCGAGUUCGACCCUGAAAACGAUAGUUCCGCCACAUUCGACGGGCACAGAUUCCAUAAGAACGGUACAAUUGAUAGAGAAUAGAAUGGACAGCGCUGGCAAUGCUCCAGCGGUGCAAAAAGCUUCGCGUUCCGAGUACAUAUCAUCGACGACGGAAUCGCACCAGACGGAAACGAAAUCGGAGCAAAAGUUCCACAUGAAACUGCAGCACAAAUCAGCGCCUUUGUUCGACGAGGAAGGCGGAGAGAGUGCGGACGCCGGUCCGCGGUUCAAAAUGACGACGACGACGAAGACGAGCACCCAAGAGACGAAGGUCGGUGACGAGCCGGCAUCAACGAAAACCUGCGAUUUUAUCGAAACGAAGAGAACCGAAUUGCCGAGUAAAAGUAAAGUCGACACUACGACGACGCAAGAGGAAAACGAGAACGUCGAGACUUCGACGAUCGCGAAGAAGGACGCGCUCAACUUCUUCGAGUCGAUGUCCAAGGACAGCGAGUCCACGCCACGGGGACCGAAAGCAAUGAUCAAACUCACGGAGGACACGGAAGACGGUAAUUACGAUGUCAAGGUUGACAAACUCACGAAAAACUACGAGCGCACGACGAAAUUCGAGGAGAAUUAUCGACCGGAGCGUCCCACCGUGGAAACCUCGAAACGAGCUUCUCAGGGCGUUUUCGAAAAGUUGGAAAAAGGCGGAACCUCUUCGAGGGGUUUGGAUAACACGAUGAUUGAUUUUCCCUACGAGGAUUACAAGCUCCCACCCUUGGAAAUCAAGCGCACCAUUCUGGAGGAUACGACCGCCUCGGGCUCGCCGAUUCACGGUACUCUAACAAUCUCGAAAUUGCAGGCGCAAUCGGAGAGUGCCGAAGCCAUGUUGACCGGUUUCAAUCUCGUGCCGGAACCGCCGCCGGAAAUCGGCUACAUGCCGAAGCCCGAUGAGGACGUGCCGAAAAAGCGUCCGGACGGUGUAUCCGUCAAAGCUAAGCAGUUGCAGGAGUCCCACAAGAAUCUGGAUUCGGUCGACGCGCCGAUCGGCGGAGUAAAGAUCUUCCCUACGUCGCCGGCGAAGCCGACGGUUUGUCCGAUGCCCAGCAAGGAGCCACCGAGGCCGAAGCCCACGUCGAUUCCUCCGCCGUUCGAAUUGGACUCGGGGAGUGACGCUUACGAGUGUAGACGCGAGGUUUGUGAGGAGGUUUGCGUCAAGAAGGAUGCCCGGGAAGGAAAGAAGAUCGAGGAUAUGAAAACAACGUCGCAGACUUACGGGGCGACGGCGCCGGGUGCGAAGCCGAUGGAGAGUGUGACCGAAAAAUGGUGGUCAUCGACCUCCGAUCUGGAAACGCGUUCUCACGUAUCGACGGAUCUCUCCGAGUACAGGUGUCACUCGGCAGCCUCAUCGAAUCAGAUCGACGCUCGUCCGGGCUCGCCGAAGCCUUCGGCGGAUGGGAUAGCGAUGGAAAAAUCGUGGGCGAAGAAAGCGAGCCCCGACUCAAGCCGGAAGUCGUGGCCACCGCCGCAACCAGGGGCGAAGGAAUCGACGAAGGUGUUCAGCAAGCGGGAGGAGUGGCAGGAGCCCGAUUUGGCUUAUAAAACAUCGUCGAAGGAGAGCCGACAAGAGAUCGAGGAGUCUCCGGGCGGAGGGACGAAGAAAACGAGCAUCCAGUCGGAAUCGACGCUGGAAACGCGUUCUUGGUCGUCCAAGGAGAACCGCACGGAGGAAAAGAUAAUCGAGAAACCACCGUCGCCGCCUGCACCGAAGCCUGUGAUAAUGUACAACGCCGAAACCAUCAAGGUCGAUCACACCGUCAAUAGGAUGGAGGAGAAAUCUUUGGUGGAAAAGUAUCAGAGCGAGUGCGACACCCAUCGCAUGGAGACGACCGAGAAGAUGGUUUAUGAAGAGCUCAGGGCACCUGGCUUGGUAAAGAGCGCGGCUCCACCGCCGAAAGCGCCGGUGGUUCAACUCUACCAUCAAUCGACCGCUCCUCCAGAAGAGACGCCAAGAACUUACGCCAAGGAAUCCUGCAUAUUCAAAGGCACCAUGGCCACGGCACCGAGGCGUCAAGGUCCGCAGAUCUGCCAAACGCAAACGACCCAAGAGAUCAUCCUGCAGCCCGGUCCCCCACCGGAAAUGGGUUACGUCCCCCCGCCGACGAUGCAUGAAAAAAAACUCGAAAAAUUCGAGAGGACGACGGAGUCGUCGAGGAUGACGCCCCAGCAAACGUGCUGCAUGAAAAAGAGGGAAGAAUUCGUCGCAGCAGCUCCCCCGAUUCCUCCCAAGGAUGCGAGGGCAACGCCGCCCCCGUUGCCAGCGAAGAACGUCACCGAGACUUUCCAGUGUUAUCAGACGUGCCAGACCCGCGGAGCGCCCACGACCCCGACGAAAUUCGUCAAGGGGACCUUCGUCGAGAGCGACUAUGAAUCGGAUUUUGAGUGUCGCUCCAAAUGGCGCCCGUACGAAAGCGACAGCGAAGAGCCACGCUAUCGCAGGGUCCAGCCACCGACUCCCAAGCAAUCGAGCAGACCGAAAUCAACCGAACCGGAACCCCUGCCACCCUCCAGCUUCGAAGUACCGCCGCCCGAAUUAACCGGCCCACCGAGACCCACCGUCACCAGAGAUUUCAUGGACGAACGCAUGGCUCCAUCCACCACGAAAAAAACGACCUCGUCGAUGACGUCACGUCACGAGAGAAACGUCAAGCAACAACAAACUUGCUAUCAAACUUCAUCGCAGACUCAUUCGCACUGCGAACAGAAUUUGCCGAAACCAGGAUCCCCACCGGUUUACGUUCAAACAACACGAACCACUCAAAUUGCUCCCCGAUCGCCCACUGCCAAAACCAGCAAACCCGAAUCUCCGAAAUUCAAAACGAGAAUUUUCCAACAAGAAAGCGGUUACAUGGCCGACACCGAUGAACCUCUCCAGCAACGAGGCUCCUCGUCAUCCAGUUUCACCCAAAGAACCCUGGGUAAACACGACGGAUCAACCACCUCCUCGACCUCACACUCGGAGUCCCGAACCGCCUUCUCCGAAUCGCGUUCCUCACAGUUCAUCGAAAGUCAAACCUUCACGAGCUCCAACCAACGAAAAGACAUGUCGCAGUCCUUCUCAGCAUCGAAUCAGUAUCAAAGCGCCCCUAAAUGUCAAAACCAACGAUACUCUUACUGCGAAAAAUCUUACGGAACUACCAGCACACCUGGACCUACCACUUGCCCACUUCGAUCCAAACUUGCUCCAAAGCAAGAAACACUGUACUCGGUAUCACAAACAUCGAUGCAGCGAAACGCCGAAACGAAAAAAUAUCCAUCAGCUCCUAGUCCGUCCAAAUUCACGCGUGGUGAAUUUCGCGAGAGUGACUACGAGAGCGACUACGAAGGGAGGAUUCCACCGUUGUGGAAGCCACGAGGAGGCUCUGACGUCGAGGACUAUUCUUUCAAGCCGGUCAAACCAAACCUCGUAAACGCAGGCAAAACGAUUCGUCCCGUAGCUGCGCCGGUUGCAUCGAUGCCAGAUUUCGCGACUCAGCGUUCGACGGAAACGAGCGAAACGAACAACAUUCGAGAAUUUAGUAACGAAAAGUUGGUCAAAUCGGAAGAGACGAACAAACCGAUGGUCGUACGCGCAACGCCGGAAGUGCCGAAGCCGACGCCGGUCCGACAAAAAUCGGUUUUGCUGCCGGGCACGCCACCGGAGCUGGCUUACGCCCCGCCCCGGCCACAGUCUUAUUACGAGGGUCGAACUGGAAUGCCGUUCCACAACGCGGUUGGUACCGAGAUGAAAAAAACCGUGCGGAUGGACGAGUCCACAGAGAACUCGAGAAGAAUCGUCACCGUUGAGCAAACCAGUCGCGUCAUCAAGUUCGGCGAGAACAAAACUUCCUCGUCGAUGGAACGCCAGCAAUUAUCACCGCCGGAGCAACCCCAGCAACAACGUCAAAUGCCCAGAUUCACGGUACCCAAACCGAAAAAAUUCGUCCAAGGACAAUUCCGCGAAUCCGAUUACGAGAGCGACGCCGACGUCGGACGAAUCCGCCCGAAAUGGGCACCAGCCGACAGCGACACCGAAGACCCUCAGUACAGAAAAGUUCAGCCACCCAGAUUCGUCCGAUCUUCCAGCCUGCCACCCCCCAUCGAUCCCGUCGAACGCGUCGUCACUCCAAUGGAAUUUGACUCAGGACCCCCACUCAUGUCGACCAACAACUCCACCAGCUUCGAACAACACCUUCGACGUCUCAACGAAGAAAGCGAGAGACUGAGGACCACCCAGGAACUCAGAAAACGACAUGACUCGCUCCCAGAACCUGGCGCACCUGCGCAAUUCGGCUAUGUUUCUGGUAGCAACAUCAAGAAAGCUGCCAAUCACGUAGCAUCAAAGCACAUGACCGACAUGACGAGCAGCUUCAAAACGAAAACGGAAAAAUUCGUCAACGACAUACAAUCGGAUCUCAAACAGAGUAAACCGAUAUUGAAGUAUCCAAGGACAGAAAGCCGUGCCAGCGAGGGCGACGAGUCUCAGGCUUAUCGGGAAGAAACAAGAUUAUCACAAUACGGAACGAAGCACAUUGAUCCGGACACAGGCCUCAUUUACUUCAAGUACGACUUCGGCUACGAAUUCGGGAUCGUUUUACCGGGUGAGGGGAAGAAAACGCUGUCGAGUAGCAGCAAAACAGUGGCAGGGCAACGUCGUGGGAGCGACAUAGACGUUCCGAUAGUUCACGAGUUUACAGGUCGUCGAGAGAAUGGAUUUACGAAGACGAGUCCAGGCUGGCAGCAGCAGCAACAGCAGCAGCAGCAGCAACAAUCGCGAAACGUUCCAGCGAGAGCCUCGAACGGAACAAAAUUUGCAACUCCUUCAAAAUCAGUCAAGUGGGAGCCCACAUCAGAGAGUGAAUUCUCCGAGGCGGAAGAUUCGUCGAGAAAACGUGGCAAAAAACAGGGAAAUUUAAUGCCGCCGCCGCCCUGUCUCGUGAUUCCACAAUCACCGAGCUCACCGCGAUGGGAUCCAACGACUCCGAGUCCGAUGUCGUUGAGCCCGAGUUUGCCGAGUUUCUCACCGAGACCCAGCAGCCUCACUGGGCCUCCGAGCAACGUGGAUUCCAUCGCAGAAUCACCUUGGCCGAGUAGCAACGGAGUAGCUAAUAAUCGCGAAGUCAUUCAACCGUAUCUCGACGUUCAGCCGAAAAAAGCUCCUCUUUUUAUUACACCUCUGCGGGAUAUCGCUGUGCUGAGUGGCCAAACGGCGAGAUUCGAAUGCAUCGUCCAGGCGGAGCCACAGCCGAACAUCAUUUGGUCGAGGAACGGAAGGAUCGUUGAGAACUGUUUCGACUACGAGAUUCACUACAGGAACGGAGUCUGCCGUCUCGUUAUUCCGAGAGCAUACGACGAUGACGCCGGCACGUGGGCGUGUACGGCGACGAAUGCUCUCGGCUCAACGAGCACAGCGUCGCUCCUCCAAGUCGCCUCAGACUCGACGGAGGAAACAGCAGACUCUUGCUCAGCGGAAUCCCCGGAUGCAUCCUCCAAAUUCGUCGCCCUCCAGGAUCUCUUCCUAUCGGCUCAUAAUCCAAUGCGGAUUCGAUCUUACUCCUACGAUGAAGAACGGGAGGAGAUGCUGGCAAAACAAGUCGAAGAAAGUACUUUUGUUGAACGAGACGCUAACGAAUCUCGUGAUCGAGAAUUGGUUGAAAAUUACGAGCCCGCGUACUGGUCGGAAAACGGGGAAAAUGUUGAGGAAUCUUUGACCGAGGACGACAGCACUGACGACCGGGAAUCUCAGAGACGACAUUACGAGGAGAUAACGCGACGUCUCGAAUUGUAUUCGGAGAUGGAUUAUCACGUGUCAGAAUUUUACGCUUCGGAGGGUACUUCCUCGAGGUACACGAGCAGUCCUGAAAGUCGGAACAAUUCGUCCUUGUGGAUCCGUGAAAUGGAAAGAAACUCCCGGUCGCCCGUGCAAGGAGAGCUCGUGAUGCAAAUGACACCGACCGUACCAGUGUUCACCGGAAGACCCGGCGAUCCAUCGCCCCCGGUAUUCGAGCAAAUAUUCAAAAAUGCCAGACUCGCUCAGGGCGGUAACGCGAUCUUCGAGGGCCGCGUACGCGGCACUCCCAAACCAACUGUUUCGUGGACCCACAAAGGUGCACCGCUCAAGGAAUCACAGAAAAUUAAAAUGUCCUACGACGAUCGCACCGGCACUGUCACUCUUCAGAUCAAUCAGAUUGGCCCGGGAGACGAGGGAGAAUACACUUGCAACGUUCGAAAUCAAUACGGCAAUGCCGUCUGCUCGGUUUACAUACAACCGGAAGGAUUUGGACCCCCGCCUCCGCAACAGCUUGGUGGCUACAAAAAGGAAUACUCUCAGAGUUUCCAAUCGAUGGAGCAAACUAACGGCAGUCAGAGUUAUCAACAGCGAAGCUAUCAGCAAACAACGGACAAACGUUUCACCAAUGGUUCCUCGACGAUCACCACCGUUAUCGAGGAUUUCAAGGUUGAUACAUUUGAAUACCGAUUGCUACGAGAGACCGAGUUUCGUGAGUCGAUAACUCGUCGCACGGUGACGGAAACGGAUUCGCAGAUAUCGAACGUGAUCGAUCGCAGUCUCGGGCCAGUGGCACCACCGCAGAUAAGUCAGAAGCCUCGAAACUCCAAGCUCGUCGAGGGCUCCGAAGCGGUGUUUACUGCUAAAGUGUCAGGCAACCCGAAAGGAAGGAUGACGUGGUUCAAAAACGGACAACGAAUUCGCGACAGCAAUCGCAUGGAGACGAGCCAUUCGAAUCAGCAGGCAACUUUGAAGAUCCGUAACACGACGACCGAGGACAGUGGUCAUUACACGUUGUUGGCUGAGAACCCUCAAGGUUGUACAGUGAGUUCGGCCUAUUUGGCGAUCGAGUCGAGCAGCGAUCAAGUGGAUCAAGCGCCGCAGUAUGUGCAGCAGCGUGAGGCCUUGCGAACGGUGCAAACGGAGUCGAUGACAUCAGGAGGUCCGGUGAGCGAAGGACCCGACGCGGGUAAAGCGCUCGCUCCGAAUUUCGUGCGUACAUGCGCCGAUCGGGAAGUGACCGAGGGAAAAAUGACGAGAUUCGAUUGUCGCGUGACCGGACGUCCGUACCCGGAAGUGACGUGGUACGUCAACGGUUAUCAAUGCGUGAACGACGCAACUCACAAGAUUCUCGUAAACGAGUCCGGCAACAACUCGCUCAUGAUCACCAACGUCUCACGGUCCGAUGCUGGCGUCGUUACGUGCGUUGCGAGAAACAAAGCUGGCGAAACAUCCUUCCAGUGCAAUCUUCACGUCAUCGAGAAGGAACAAGUCCUCGCUCCUAAAUUUGUCGAACGAUUCACCACGACCAACGUUAAGGAAGGCGAACCCGUUGUUUUUGCUGCACGUGCUGUUGGAACUCCGAUCCCAAGAAUUAGCUGGCAAAAGGACGGCGUGCCAAUUGCGCCCGGGCCCGACGUGCGCAUAUCAACGGACGGCAGUGGAGCCUCGACCCUUGACAUACCGUACGCCAAGUUCAGCGACGCAGCCUGGUAUCAGUGCACAGCUCAAAACGUAGCGGGCUCCACGGCCACCCGAGCACGCCUAUUCGUCGAGACACCGAAAGGAACGACCCCCGAACCAAGACGCCUGAAUUUACCCCGACCGACUAGAGUCAUCGAACCUGAACCCGCACCUGGCCCCGAAGUGAUUUAUCUGAGACACGUUGAGCGCGCCAAGCCCUAUCUCCCUCCGCAGGAGGAAGACAGGAUUUAUGCACCUCCUCGUUUCAUCGUACCGCUACGGGACGUUCAUCAGAUCGAGGGUGGACGUAUUCAUUUCGAGGCCAGAAUCGAACCGGUGGGCGACCCCACUAUGAGGGUGGAAUGGUACAUCAAUGGUAGACAAUUGGAAGCGAGUUCUCGAGCCAAUUGCCUCUUCCGAUUCGGCUUCAUAUCGUUGGAUUUACUGAGCGUGGUUCUCCACGACAGCGGCGAGUAUCUCUGCCGCGUAGUGAGUUCAACCGGAGUCGCCGAGUCGCGCGCCACCCUCAGCGUAACCCCACGCGCAACGAUCGAGCAAACGAGCCAACAUCCCGACAGUCUUCGUUACAUACAGCAGCUCGAGGAUUACUCGAAAUACCAAAGACAAGAAAGCGCCGAAGAUCUGGCGUCCCAACGUCCGGUCUUCAUCCGUCCGCUCCAGGAACUUGGCGAGCUUCAAGAGGGCAGGAACGCUCAUUUCGAAGCGCAACUUACGCCUGUUAGCGACCCAACGAUGAAAGUGGAGUGGUACAAGGAUGGAAGACCAAUCACAGCUAGCUCGAGAAUAACGACAAUCUUCAACUUCGGCUACGUCUCACUUAACAUAAUGCACCUACGAGGUGAAGAUGCCGGUUCUUAUACCGUCAGAGCUGUGAACCGUUUGGGAGAAGCGAUCAGCACCGCUUCACUCCGAGUCUUUGCACGCACUAGCGUCACCACCGAUUUGGGAAUCCCCGAGCAACAAAAGUACAUCGAAGCUGCCGAGGAAUUGGAAGCCUAUCAACAAGCUAUGCAUCAAAAGUACGUGAGGGAACAACCCGAACCGACGAGCCCACCGGAAUUCAAGUCACCGAUUAAGAAUCAGAUCAAUAUUCGCGAGGGCGGUUUCGCCCACUUCGAGGCUCGUCUUGAGCCUGUUGGCGAUUCUGAAUUGCGAGUAGAAUGGCUUAAAGACGGACGCCCUGUGGAAGCAAGUUCAAGAAUCACGACUUUCUUCAACUUUGGCUACGUCGCUUUGACCCUGAAAUACGUAACGAUCCACGAUGUUGGUAUUUACACCUGCCGCGCGUACAACCGCGUCGGCGAGGCACAAACGACCGCACAAUUGAGUGUAAUCACCAAAAACGACAUUAUUUACGACAGUCAACAUCCAACGGGCUUGCAGAAGAUUCAAAACCUCGAGGACUCGAGUCGUUACUCCCGCCAGGUGCAGGAGGAGACCCAAGUCACUCAAGCACCGCGUUUCCUCGGUCCUCUCAAGGGCACCAACAAAAUCGUUGAAGGACAACGCGCCCACUUCGAAGCACGCGUCGAACCUCAGAGCGAUUUAACCAUGAAGAUCGAGUGGUAUCAUAACGGAAAACCCAUCACCGCUGCUAACAGAAUACAGACCUAUCACGACUUUGGUUACAUCGCAAUCGACAUCCUUCAAGUUCGCCCCGAGGACGCUGGCACAUACACCGUAAUUGCGAGAAACGCGCUCGGCGAGGCGCGUCUUGAUGCGACCAUGAUCGUUGAGACACGCUCGAGCAUCGACACGAGCAGCAUGCACCGCGGUCUCUAUGAAAAAACGCAGCGUCUGGAGGAAUCGAAAUUCGUCGAGCCGCACUAUCACAUCGAGGAGAUAUCGAAAUCGAAGCCGAUAUUUGUGCAGCCACUGAGCGAUCCGAAACCGAUGAGCGAGGGGAAAAAUAUCCAUUUGGAGUGCCGCUUGGAACCGAUGGGCGAUCCAACGAUGAGAGUCGAGUGGUUCCAGAACGGCCGUCCGGUGACGGUUGGUUCGAGGUUCCGUACUUACUACGACUUCGGUUUCGUCGCGUUGGACAUCGUGCACGCGACGGCGCUUGAUUCGGGAGAGUACACGGUCCGGGCUACCAACCAUCUCGGCAGUGCUCACACGUCAGCCUGCGUCCGAAUAAUCGGAAGAUCGGACGUCGUUACGGACACGCAAAACGAGCAAUCCCUUGAACAGAUUCAAAUGCUCGAAGAUUCUUCCAAGUAUCGUAGAACUCAACAAGAGGAAGUGACCGUCGUCCAAGCGCCGCAGUUCACCCGGCCGCUGCACAACAUCGAAACCGUCGAAUUGACCAACGUCCAUCUGGAGUGCCGUCUCCAGCCGGUCGGCGACUCGAGCAUGCGCGUCGACUGGUUUGUCAACGGACGUCCCGUCACAACCGGACAUCGCUUCCGUCCGUCCUACGAAUUCGACUACGUUGCUCUCGACAUUCUGGGUGUUUACCCAGAGGAUUCCGGCGUCUACACCUGCCAGGCUAGAAAUCAACUCGGCGAAGCCGUCACUUCGUGUUCCGUUCGCGUCCACGCGAAAAAAGACCUCCUGCUUGAGAGCCAACAUCCUGAAGGCCUCGAACGAAUACAGUUCCUUGAGGACGCCUCCAGGUACAAGAGAAACGAACUCGUCGAUGAAGUCGUCAACGUCAAGCCAAAGUUCAUCACGAUACCUAAAAAUCAAGAGAACCUCAGGGAAGGACAGCACGCACACUUUGAGUGCAAACUCGAACCGGUUACUGACUCCAACCUCAAAGUCGAGUGGUUCAAGAACGGUCGUCCGGUAACCAUAGGACACCGCUUCCGUCCAAUUCACGAUUUUGGCUACGUCGCCCUUGACGUAAUCGACCUCAUAGCCGAAGAUUCCGGGACAUACACAUGUAGGGCGGUGAACCUCGUCGGAAGCGACGAGGUUAGUUGCACCUUGGGCUGCCGUUCAACCGCGCAGAUAUUAACGGACACGCAGAACGAAAUGGGCCUCGAGCAGAUCCAUUAUCUCGAGGACAGAUCAAAAUAUCAGAGGCGCGAAAUGACCGAGGAAACAACGACCCAAGCUCCCAUUUUUACAACUUCGCUGAAAAGCGUCGAGAUCAAAGAAGGUCAGAGAGCCCAUUUCGAGUGCCGUCUCAUACCGGUGUCCGAUGCGACAAUGAAGGUCGAGUGGUUCCACAACAACACCCCGGUCAAAGCUGGUUCCCGUUUCGUUGAAACCAAUAGCUUCGGUUUUGUCGCACUCGACAUCAUGUACGCCUAUCCCGAGGAUUCUGGCACUUACACCUGCCGCGCUAGAAACGCCAUCGGCGAAGCCAUCACUUCGGCUACGGCGACUGUUCACUCGAAAAAAUCAAUUUACAUGGAAUCUCAACGCGAGGAAGUUUUGCAACGUUUGCGACAUUUGGAAGAUUCAUCGAGAUACCAACGCAAAGCUGUCCAAGAGGAGACCGUCAGUCAAGCUCCGGUCUUUACGAUGCCGAUCAAAGAUCUUCGCGUAGCCGAAAACCAAGCGGCUCAUUUUGAAGCUCGAGUCAUCCCGGUUGGUGAUUCCAAGCUCAAGGUCGAGUGGCUACGCAACGGGGUACCAAUCGAAGCCUCCAAUCGAGUCACCACGAUGCACGACUUUGGCUACGUAGCCCUCAACAUGAAGUACGUAAACCCCGAAGAUUCGGGUACUUAUACGUGCCGAGCUGUCAACGACCUUGGCGAAGCUGUCACUUCAGCUACUCUCUUCGUACAGUCGAAGGCGGCUCUUCAAUUCGAGUCGCAGCACGAGAGCUCGUUGGCAAAGUUGCAAGCACUCGAGGAUACGAGCAAGUAUCAGCGGCGUGAGGAGGAGGACUUUAUAGUGAAGGAAAAGCCUUCAUUUACGGUUAAGCUUAACGGGCCGACGAGUUUGGUUGAGGGACAAAGCGCACAUUAUGAGUGUCGCAUCGAGCCUUACCCCGAUCCGAACAUGAAAGUCGAAUGGUUCCACAAUGGUAAACCACUGUCGACUGGUCAUCGUUACAGAACCACUUGUGACUUUGGUUUCGCUUCGCUCGAUGUUUUGAGCGUUUAUGCCGAGGAUUCUGGCACUUACACUUGCCAGGCCACCAAUAAAAUUGGUUCGGCUCAGAGUUCCAUUCAGCUCAAUGUUAAAUCUAAAGCGUCUAUUAUUCGAGAAACUCAGCACGAAGGUGCGUUGAAAAAGAUCCAAUACCUGGAGGACGACUCUCGCUACAAGCGUACCGACCAAGAGGACAUUAUUGUCGCUGAAAAACCAAAGUUCGGAAGGCCACUGAAAAACAUCGAACACUUGCCUGAGGGUAAAAGUGCUCAUCUCGAGGCGACUCUGACACCGGUCAAUGACCCGACGAUGGUGGUCGAAUGGUACAGAGACGGACGACCUAUACCACAGGGUCACAAGUUCAAGACGACCUACGAUUUCGGCUACGUAGCUCUUGACAUUCUUUACGCUUAUCCUGAAGAUUCGGGAACUUAUAUGUGCAAGGCGAGAAAUGCAGUUGGCGAAGCUGUCACCACUUGUGUCAUUUCGGUCGAUUCUAAACAAGGUUUGUACCUCGACACCCUGGAUGCUCAACGUCUCGAGAAGAUCCGUCAACUGGAAACCGUCGAAAUCAAACAGGAAGUUGAGAAGGAAAUUGUCCAUCAGAAACCCGUGUUUCUUACUCCUCUUAACAACUUGGAUCAUCUGAAAGAGGCCGAACAUGCCCACCUUGAAUGCCGUGUAGAACCGAUAAACGAUCCGAACUUGAAAAUCGAGUGGUUUGUAAAUGGUGUUGCUAUCAAAACUGGUCAUCGUUUCCGUACGACUCACGACUUUGGUUACGUCGCACUCGAUAUUUUGUACGCUUAUUCCGAAGACUCGGGCACGUACAUGUGCAAGGCUACGAAUCUCGCUGGCGAAGCUGUCAAUACUUGCACCAUCAGAGUUGGCUCUCGCCGCAGCAUCCUUCUUGAAACUCAGCAUCCCGAUGGCCUGGAGAAGAUCCGUGAACUCGAGGCGCAAGGGCAUCCGGCACGUCUCGAGGUGGAGGAGCCACCAGCGACGCCUCCUCGUUUCGUGACAGAACUGAGGGGCACAACGGAAAUCUAUGAGGGGCAAACAGCUCAUUUCGAAUGCCAAGUGGAGCCAUUGCACGACGCGAAUCUCCGAAUCGAAUUCUACCACAACGGAAAGCCAUUACCAUCGGCAUCGCGUUUCCACGUGACGUUUGACUUCGGCUACGUGGCAUUGGACAUCGGUCACGCAGUGCCGGAGGACGCGGGAGAGUAUUCCGUGCGCGCGAUAAACGCUCUCGGGCAGUGCACGUCGAAGAUCGAACUGAGGGUGAUACCUCGAGAGAAUAUAAUUUUGGAUUCCCAGCGUCCGGAGGGAAUGGAUAAGAUACGAGAGUUGGAGUCCCAGCAACCGUGGAAACGUCCGGAAGUGCCGGAGCCAGUGACGCGUCAACGUCCGGUAUUCACUCAGCCGUUGCAAAACAUUGACGCGAUACCGGAAGGAACGACGGCCCACUUCGAGUGCCGUCUUAUCCCGGUCGGAGAUCCAACGCUCAAGGUCGAGUGGUUCAGGAAUGAGAAGCCGCUGGAGGACAGUUCGCGGAUAACGAAGGUUCACGAUUUUGGUUUCGUCUCGCUCGACAUAACGCACAUCCGGGAUGAGGAUGAAGGAGUUUACAUGUGUCGGGCCUCGAAUCCUCUCGGCGAAGCGGUUACGACAGCUUCGAUGAGAGUACGCACGAAAGCCAGCAUCCAAUUGGAGACUCAACAUCCCGAAGCGCAGAAGAGAAUUGCGCAGCUGGAAGCGGACAAAGGACCGAGCCGCCCAGACGAGCCUGAAAAAGUUUUCGACAAGCCGAUAUUCACUCAGUUGCUGACCGGACCAACGGAACUGUGGGAGGGUCAGGUUGCUCGUUACGAGUGCCGAGUGGUGCCCGUAGGCGACGCCAGCUUGCGCUUCGAGUGGUACGUCAAUGGCGUGGAGCUAAAGAUGGGCUCGCGCUUCCACGUAAGCCACGAUUUCGGCUUCGUUACACUGGACAUAGUGAAAGUUAUCGCCGAGGAUUCUGGAGUCUAUUCGUGCAAAGCGAUCAACAGGGCGGGUGAGGCAGUGUCCUCGAUAUCGUUGAAGGUCAAGGCUCGAUCAGCCAUCGAAAAAGACGCCAUCCAACCGGACGCCUGGCAGAAGAUCCAGUUGAAGGAAGCGGAAAUGAACAAAGUGCCGGAAAUGUUUGUAGACACGACGCCUCAACAGGCGCCCGUCUUCACCACACAUCUGAAGAGCUACGACAAACUUCAGGAAGGACAACAUGUUUAUCUGGAAGCCCAGGUCGAGCCGAGAGCUGAUCCCAACUUGCGGACCGAGUGGUUCAAGAACGGAGUUUCUCUGCAAACGGGAACGCGAUUGCGCAGCACUUUUGAUUUCGGUCUCGUAACGCUCUCCAUCAAUGGCCUUAGACCCGAUGAUUCCGCUAUUUAUACGUGCAAGGCUACGAAUCUUCUGGGCGAAGCGGUCUCAACCAGCAGCCUUAAAAUCGACGAUCGUCAUUGGCUCCUUGGUGAGACUCUUCAUCCUGACGCGUUACCUAAGAUCGACGCUUUGGAACAACCCCAACCCGGAGCCACUGAGCGACCCGAGCCAACUUACGAAGAACCCGUUUUCAUCACUCAUCUCAACAACGUCGAGUGCACCGAGGGUGACAACGUGCACUUUGAGUGCAAUGUCGAACCUUCCAAAGAUCCGACGAUGAAGAUCGAAUGGUUCAUGAACGGAAAACCUUUGCCGACGGGAGCGCGCUACAAAUCAACCUACGAUUUCGGUUAUGUCGCCCUGGACAUCAACCACGCCUACGAGGAAGAUUCAGGAAUGAUUACCGUCAAAGCCACCAACUCUAAAGGCAGUGCUCAAACAACGGGAACUCUCAAGUGUACCAGCAAACAGAGCAUCUAUUUGCAAACUCAACAUCCUCAAGGCGAAGCCGGUCUGGAAAAGGUCAAGGAGGCAGAGGAUGCUUUCCUCUCGAAAUCACGCAGACCCGAUGACUCUCCGGAGCACGAAUUCCCCAAGCCAAUUUGGACGGUUCCGCUAAAACCAGAAUUCAAACUCGGCGAAGCUGAACCGCUCCAUCUCGAAGGACAGGUCGAGCCGAAGAAUGAUCCCAACCUCAAGAUCGAGUGGUACUUCAAUGGCAAAGCUCUGGAACAUGGCUCCCGAUUCAAAAUGACUAGUGACUUUGGUUUCGUCACAUUGGAUCUGACAGACGUUUAUGAUCGCGAUUCUGGCAUCUACACCUGCAAGGCAUACAACAAAGCCGGCGAGGCUUUCACUUCGACAACGAUCUACUGUACAACCAAAGAAAACAUCAUCGAACGUUCCCAACAUCCUAAAGGUAAGGAGGGUCUUGAAGCCAUUCAAGAUCUGGAGGAGUCGUUGAAACGUCCAGACGGUAAAGCUCCUGAUAGCGACGAGGGACAUCCACCGGUGUUUACAUCGCAGUUUGAAAAUCUGACCAACCUCUCGGAAGGUGAAAUCGCUCAUUUCGAAGCUUCGUUGACGCCGACAGGCGAUCAAACGAUGGUGGUCGAAUGGUUCUACAACGGUAAAGCAUUGGAAGCGAGUCAUCGCACGAGAACUGUUUACGCCUUCGGUAUGGUUGUCCUCGAAGUGUUGGGUACCAAGAUCGAAGAUUCUGGCACUUAUUCCUGCCGUGCAACGAACAAAUGGGGCCAGGCUGAGAUAAGCGUCGUUCUUGAAUGCAUCGACAAGUCCAAAGGACAGAAGCCCAAAUUUACGACCCACAUACAGAGCUUGGAGGGCUUGAAAGACGGACAAUCUGUGCACUUCGAGUGCACAUUGAUACCGGUCGGCGAUCCGCAUAUGAAGGUCGAGUGGUUCCACAAUGGUCAACCGCUUCGUCACUCAUCGCGCUUUAAGAUGGUUUCGGAUUUCGGAUUCGUCGUGAUGGACAUAGCAGGAGUAAUGUCUCACGAUACCGGUGAAUACGUUUGCAAAGCAAGCAACAAGUACGGAGAAGAUUUCACACGAGCGACUAUUAAAUGUUUCGGCAAGAGCGGAGUUUAUUUGGAUUCCUUGCAGCCGGAUUCACUGGCGAGAAUCCGCGAGCUCGAAAGUCUCGGAGGUGAAAAACCAACCACCCCCACCUCACCGGUCGGUGGACCACCCAAAUUCAUCACGCAAAUCAAGGACAUUGCAAGAUUGGUCGAAGGCCAAUCGGCUCAUUUCGAAGCCCGACUCACACCUGUUACCGACCCUGAUCUCGUGGUUGAGUGGUAUUACAACGGAAAGAAAUUGCCGCAUGGACAUCGCUAUAGAACUUUCCACGAUUUCGGCAUUGUCAUCCUCGAUAUUCUCUACUGCUACGAGGAAAAUUCUGGCGUGUACGAAUGCCGAGCUGUGAACAAGUACGGUGAGGACUCGACAAAAGCGACUCUCAAGUGUCUUUCCAAAGCGAAUCUCAUCCUCGAAUCUCAAUUGCCGAAGGGCAUGGAAGGUGGAUUGGAAAAGAUACAAACGUUGGAGGAUGCGAUGAUAAGAACGAAGGACGAGAAAGUCGUCGAAGAACGAGGAAAAGCGCCGGUGUUUACAGUUCCGCUGAGCAACAUCGAUGGCCUCCGCGAGGGUGAAAGCUCCCACUUCGAGGCUCGCCUCACACCGACCGACGAUCCUAAGCUCAAAGUCGAAUGGUUCUGGAAUGGCAAACCUCUCCGAACUGGCUCCCGUUUCCGCACUUUCUGUGACUUUGGUUUCGUGAUCCUGGAAAUAUCCCCGAUAUACCCGGAAGAUUCCGGAGAAUACAGUUGCCGUGCUAUCAACGACUAUGGCGAGGCCGUGACCACAUGCACGAUGAAGUGCACAGGAAAACGCAACAUCAUCCUGGAAUCGCAAUUACCCAAAGGCAUGGAAGGUACGAUCGAUAAAAUCGCCGAACUUGAGGGUCUCGGUGGCGAGCCUGGACAAAUCAUACCCGACGACGACACCGGAAGGCCACCAGAAUUCGUUACAACUCCGUCUGACCUUACGUUGACGGAAAAUUCGUUGGCCCACUUCGAGUGCCGUCUUUUGCCGAUAAAUGACUCAAGCAUGCGGGUCGAGUGGUUCCACAACGGUAAGCCUCUAUCAGCAGGCUCGCGUAUCAAGACCAUCCACGAUUUUGGUUUCGUGAUUCUCGAAGUUGCCAAUUGUUACCAACGAGACUCGGGGCUCUACGAGUGCAAAGCUAACAACCGUCACGGAGAAGCCACCGUAUCGUGCAAGCUUCAAGUACGAGGACGCCAAGGAAUCAUCCUGGAGCCGCAAUUACCAACAAACUUCAAAACUGGCACGGAGAGUAUACAAAAGUUGGAGGAAGCUCUUCACAAGCGGGAGGAAAUUCUUACCGACGAAGAGAAGCCAAAUCCCCCCAGAUUCACGGUAGAGCUGAAGGACAUCGAAGUCGAAGAAGCUGGACCGAGUCACUUCGACUGUCGGGUUGAACCCAGCGCCGAUCCAACAAUGCGAAUCGACUGGUUCCACAACGGAAGACCUUUUGCCACAGGCUCUCGCGUCCAUCAGAUCAACGAUUUUGGUUUCAUAUCGCUUGACCUCUCGUACACUUACGCCCGGGACAGCGGUGAGUACGUUUGUCGUGCAACCAACAAAUGGGGAUCGGUUACCACCAAGGCAACGAUAACUUGUACAUCGAAGAAAACCGUCGAUUUCGACUCGCAACUGCCCUCGGGAAUGAGCGGCGAAAAAUUGAAGGAACUCGAACGUGGCCCGAUUUCGGAACCAGCGCCACAGGAAGUUGUGCCUCAGGUGCCUCCGCGUUUCGUCACGCAAAUAACAUCAUCAACCGUCGAAGAAUCGGAGCCAGUGCGAUUCGAGUGCCGGGUCGAACCAAAGGAAGAUCCGAACUUGCGAAUCGAGUGGUACAGGAAUGGAAAAUUGAUACCAGCCGGACAUCGCUAUCGUUCGAUGUACGACAUGGGCUUCGUGUCGAUGGACAUUCUCUACGUUUAUCCCGAGGACUCGGGCGAGUAUGUCUGUCGUGCGGUCAACAACUACGGCGAGGAUACAACGAAAGCAUCCGUUUCUUGCAAAACGUUGCCCAGCAUUAUCCUCCAGAAUCAAGUACCGAAGGGCAUGAAGAAAUCCGAGGCUCUCAUGCAGAUGGAAGCUACCAUAAAGAAAUACACUUCUGAAGUACAUUUGACGGAGGACGAUCUUUACGACGCUGAAAAGAGGCAGCCACCCAGGUUCGUCACGCAGAUCCAAAAUCAAAUGGAAUUGGUUGAAAUGAACAGCACCAAAUUCGAGUGUCAGCUCGCCCCGGUGGGCGAUCCUAACAUGAAGGUCGAAUGGUUCUUCAACGGAAAACCGUUGCCCCACAAAAAUCGAUUUUCUCCGAUUUACGAUUUUGGUUACGUGGCGAUGAACUUCGGAUGGGUUUAUCCCGAGGACAGUGGCGAAUAUCUUUGCCGAGCUACUAAUCUCUACGGCAUGGACGAGACCCGCGCCGUCAUCAAAACUUCCGGCAAGCCUGGCAUCAUUUACGAAUCUCAACUGCCCAAGGGCAUGAAGAGUAUCGAGAAGAUCCGUGAGAUGGAAGCUGCCUGGCAAGUGGUUCCUGAGGAAGAAGUCGAGGAAGAAAAGGUGCGCUCGGCUCCUGUCUUCGUGAGUAAGCCAGAGCCUUGCGAGAUCGAGGAGGGCGAUUGCUCGAGAUUCUGUUGUCGCGUCACCGGAUACCCAAGACCCCGAGUCAUGUGGAUCAUCAAUGGACACACCGCUGUCAACGGUGCUCGCUACAAAUUGACCUACGACGGAAUGUACCAUCUCGACAUCCCGAAGACCCGCCAGUACGACAACGGCAAGGUCGAGGUGAUCGCGCGAAGUUCGGUAGGCGAGGCUCGCUGUGAAACGACACUGACCGUGAAGCCACGGAAGGAUGACUACCGCGGUGUAUUGAAAAAUUCACCGAGGCCGUGGUACGAUUACGGGCUUACGCAAUAUCAGUCGGAGCGUCAAGACACCGAGCUGGAGCGUGUCUUCGACGAGCGUCACCAGACCGUCUCCCAGGGUAUCGAUAUCGCUACCGAACAUCUUGGGCAAAAAGUCAUCAAGGCACCCGAAACUGAAUGGCAAAAGUCUGUAAAAACUAAGAAAAACGAAGAUUAUUACAACAAACUGAUGAGCCUCGAGGAGGAACAAGUCUUGAAGGAGGCUAGACUGCGCGAAUCUAGCCAUCAAUUCGCCAUUCCCGGUGACAAGGUCGUUGCUAGCUCCAUGGCCAAGGGCAUGGCUCAAAAGUAUCAAGAGAGUCUUGAACCACAACCCCAAGAGCCAGUCGAACCACCGCCGAAGUUCGUGAGGAAGCCUCACACUACCGAGGUCGAUAUCGACUCAGAAAAAGUACCAGCUUCCGGUAAAUAUCCACCAGGGCCAACCGAGUCGAUGGUUCAUGGGCGUGAGGUCCACACUGCUAAGCAAAAACAAACUCAGAAAGAGGUGAAAGGCGAUACAGAAAUCACGAGAAAGAUAACAGCGACGGAGACUACGGAAGUUGAACACAAAGCCAAAACUCAAGAGCGCGUCGUUCAGGGGCAAGUCAAACCGGCAGUUCCACCGGUCUUUACGAAAAAGAUUCAACCGUGUCGAGCCUUCGAACAGGAACAAGCAAGAUUCGAGGUUGAAUUUGACGGCGAUCCAUUGCCGACCAUCAAAUGGUAUCGCGAAGAUUUUCCCAUACAAAAUUCUUCGGAUCUCCAGAUCUACACUUUCAGCACUAAAUCCGUCCUCAUCGUUCGACAAGUUUUCAUGGAAGACUCUGGUGUAUUUUCUGUCAUUGCUGAAAAUCGUGGUGGCAAAGCCAAAUGCAGUGCCAAUCUCGUUGUCGAGGAACGAAGACGCCAACCUGGACGUGGUGGCGUCAUUCCACCCAGUUUUAUCACCACCAUUCAGAACACCUCCGUCACUACUGGACAAUUGGCAAGGUUCGAUGCCAAGGUCGCCGGUACCAAACCACUCGAUGUUUACUGGCUCAAGAAUGGCAAAAAAGUAUCUCCAGAUAUACGAUACAAAACUUUGGAAGAGGACAACACGUACACGCUAUUGAUUUUGGAAACGGUGCCCGAGGACACGGGUAAAUACGAAUGCGUGGCUCUGAACAGUGCGGGUGAGGCACGUUGCGAGGCCGAUUUGACAGUUCGCGGUCCUCAGUCACCAACGGCAAGGCCCUCGAAACCAUCGACCCCAGGAGUUGAAAAAGCUCCAGCAGUUGUUGAGCCCCUGAAAGAUCAGACCAUCAAAGAGGGAACAUCCGUGGCUUUCGCAUGCAAAAUAACCGGCAAACCGGUGCCAACGAUUCAGUGGAAAAAAGCAGACAAGGUUAUCAAGCCGUCGAAAUACUUCCAAAUGCAGAAAGAGGGCGACCGUUGCACUCUGAGGAUCUCCGAGGCUUUCCCCGAGGACGAGGGCGUUUACAAAUGUAUCGCCCAGAAUCCAGCUGGUGAAGUUACUACCUCGGCUAAUCUGCGAGUUUUAGCUCCUGACAGCACAGAUGCUGUGCCAAAACUUUCGCCUCUGAAGGACCAAAUAGUCCUGGAGGGGCAACCAGCCCAGUUCAAGACUCAGGUCAGUCCUCCAAAAUCGAAACCAACGAUUCAGUGGUACAGGGAGGGUGCCCUCAUACCUCAAUCGCCAGACUUUCAGAUGAUUCACGAAGGCAACAACGCGGUUCUCCUGAUAGCAACGACCUACGAAGAAGACACAGGCACGUUCACCUGUCGCGCGACGACCUCGGCCGGUACGGUGGAGACUUCAGCGAAGCUCAUCGUCAAAAAAAAAGAAGAAGAAGGCGUGGCACCGCAUUUCGCAACGCCGAUAAAGCCGCUAGUCGUCGAAGAGCACAAACCAGCGAUCAUGGAGUGCAUCGUCACAGGCACACCUGCUCCGGAAGUAAAGUGGUACCGCGGCGAGAGUGAAAUCAAACCGAAAAAAGGAACUGAGAUUACGUUCAACCCAGAGACCGGUGAAGCCAAGUUGACAAUUCUCGAACCGACGCCACAAGACGAAACGAUUUACAGGGUUCGUGCUGUCAAUAAAUUUGGUCGAGCCGAAUGCAGGGCCAAUUUACUCGUUAGCAACGCGGUCGUCAUUUCGAAACCGGAAGUUUUAAGAGCUCCGCGAAUUACAAAACCAUUGCCUGCUCUCGUCGCGGAACGUGGUACACCGCUCGUUCUCACGGCCAAGUUCGAGAGUAAACCGAAACCUGAAAUAAAAUGGUACCGGAAUGGCAUAGAAAUAGCGCCAUCUGACAAACGAGUAUUGAAAGUGUACGAGAAUACAGCCGAACUAACGAUCCCCGACAUAACGAAAAAGGAUGCUGGCAAAUAUGAAAUCAGGGUGCAAAAUCCAGUUGGGGAAGCAAGAAGUUCUGGUUCCGUGGCAGUAAAAGAGCACGAAGAAGUCGUAUCUGAUACUGAGGAUAAACCCAAAGCUCCUUCUUUCGUGAAACCUCUACAACCACAGAUUGUUAGUUUAGGAGAAGUCGUCAUCAUGGAGGCGGUUGUGGAAUCAUAUCCAACGGCUUCAUUCCAAUGGUUCCAUGAGAGCCGUCCGCUAGAGGCAACACCAUCGGUGAGAAUCGUAACGAAAGAAAAUCGUUCGGUAUUACUGGUGAAGGAGAUAACGCCCGAAUACGCCGGAACUUAUACUUGCCGAGCAGAAAAUGUUGCAGGCUCGGUAACAUGCACAGCAUCGGUAAAUCUGCUCGAGGAGACAUGGGAAGAAGUUACGGAAUUAGUAUCACCCAGCUUUGUAAGAAGGUUGUCGCCCGUGCGAGUUAUGGACGGCGAAAGUGUCGAUCUCACUUGUAUAGUGACUGGAAAACCAAUACCAAAAGUUCAGUGGUAUCAUGACGAUAAGCCCAUCAAAGAGGGCAAAGAAAUCACCAUUUUGCAAGACUCUGAGGGUGUAUGCAGCCUCGCCAUUACCGAAGUAUUCCCCGAAGAUGCUGGCGAAUACACUUGCCAAGCGAUCAAUCCAGUCGGAGAAGCCAUUUGCACUACGUCCUUGGUCGUUGAAGCUUACGAGUACGUACCUGACUCGGAAAUAGCUUCAUCACUCAUUGCGACUUCGCUCAUUACUGGACAAAGUGGCUCUGAGGAAGAUCUUUUGUCUCCUAAGGAGACACCUUUGUUUGACACUGAUACCGAAGAUUUCGCGCCGGAAAUAGUCAAGAAACUUCCUCAGUUAAUUCCUACUAAAGACGGAGAAUUGACUAGAUUGGAAGUUCAAGUGAAGGGUAAGCCAAAGCCACAAAUAAAAUGGCUGAAACAGGGCGUCGAGAUAGUAUCGUCGCAAGAGUUUCAGAUCGAAGAAUUCGAAGAUGGCACCUCGGUGCUUACGAUCCCGGAGACGUAUCCGGACGACACCGGUGAGAUUGUGUUCGAGGCGCACAAUCCUCUCGGUGUGUCGACAACAACGACCUACCUGUCGGUAGAAGGAAUCCUUGGAACAAAGGAAUACAGAAAACCGUUGUGGGUUACGGAAAUGGAGGAACUCCAGGAGGCGUUACGAGCUACGCAACAAGUACCACGAUUUAUCCAAGAAAUGACGGACGUUUACGCCGGGCAGGGUCAGAGGGUCGUGUUCGAGUGCGUUUACUCCGGAAAUCCUGCCCCAGAUGUUGUUUGGUACAAAAACGACAAACUAGUCAUGAACACGGAUAACGUGAAGGUUCGUUUGAUAGACGAGGAAAAUAAAACGAUAUUGACAAUCCAUCGUGCGAGUGUCGAGGACAACGGGAUUUACGUUUGCAAAGCUACAAGUGACAUUGGUUUGGCUAUCAGCAAGGCUAAACUACAAGUCUCUGAAACGUAUGGUGAAGUAAUUGACCAGCCAGAAGAGGAUGAAGAAAUAGAGGAAAAGCCACUGAAGAAAAAGAAGAAACCAGAAACAAAAAAAGCUAAGGAAACGAAGGAGAAGAUCAAAGCUCUAAAAGUCAAAGUCGAAAGGAGGAAAGAGGCACUCAAAGAGAAAGCAUUGUUUACUGAGGAGCCUGAAGAAAAGAAAAUUGUGGAUAUCGAAGAGACGCAAGUUCUCGAAUCAACGGAGGUGAUCGAGGAAGACUCGCCAGAGGUGACUAAAGCUAAACGUAUAAUUCCGGUACAAGAGCCUGUAGUGACGGAGGCAACAGCUUCAUUGAAAAAAAUCGACGAUAAGUCAAAGAAACCAGUGACGCGAGAGGAGGAGCGAGCUCGCCCUGUAGUGGAGGAGCAAGAAGGAAUUAUGGUGGUUUCAGAGAUAACCCAAGAGGACGUGGCACCAGAUUUCGUGGUCGAGACGACGACCGAUCGUGCAAGGGUUACAUCCGAGACGCUCGAGACGGUGGCAGUGUCAGAAAUUCAUACAGAAGCGGGAGUCCAAGAGAUAAAGCGUUCCGAGACGAAGCAAAGACGAGCAAAAAAGACUUUAGUGACGAGUCAAGACUCGGGAAUGGUCGAGGUACGACAAACCAGGGUGGAAGAAUUCACGUACCAGGAAAAGUCUGAAAUCGAAGACAAACCAAAGAGACGAAAGUCCAAACAGAUUCACGAGGUGAUUGAAAAGUACAGGGAAAACAUAGCCCACGAGGUUGACGAAAUGAUGGAACUAUUGAAUGCAAAAGAAUUCGGACCUGGUGAAUCGCCUCUUCGAGAAUUAGCGACAAUAGGCUUCCUCGUUCGCCAGGGUGUCUCGGUCAAUGAAAUCAACGAGAGUCUCUAUCGUACAGACAAUUUCCCCGCGCUCAGAACUCCUGACGCUCAAAAUGCGUUGGUUCAAUUGGUCGAACGCGAAGGUCAUGGUGCUCUGAUAACGCAGGUUCUCACCGAAGAAACUACCACCGAUGAGAGCGUCGUCGCUGCGACCAUCGGCUUCCGGGCGUUUAUGCGAAUGGUCGAGCUGAUCCAUGCCACUGUCGAAGAAGUCAUCACUCAUUUUGCCCCUGAAGAUUUUAGACCUCGAGCUUGGGAGGUCACCGAAGUCACGGAGGUUGAAACGGAAGAGCAGGCGAUAGAAAAGGUGUCCGUUGUCCAGACGACAGAGGUCCGAGUCAUGGAGAGGCGAGAGGAAAGAAAAACGAUACAGAAGCAGGAUGUUCGAGAAAUUAAAGAAACAACAGAAGCACGCGUGCAACAUCACAGCACAUUAAUACACGACACAGAACACGAUAUCCCAGAUACAACACAACAGCCGGUGUCCGAAUCGGACACCGAAGUAACCGAAGAAUACACGACUAAAUUCAGGCGCGGUAGUAAGGAUGAAGAAACUUCUGCCAUCAAAACGAAGAGGACAAUAAUACGUAAGAAAAAACCGUCUCCUUCCGACCGAGAUAAUGUCGUAGUCAUCGAAGAAGAACUUGAAGAUGUAAAAUCUCAGUUACCAAGCAUACCGAGAAAACAAUUCAUGCCUAUAGAAGAAAUAACCGGUGAUACAGGUGUUGAAGAAAUAAUCCCAUCGAGCAUUGAAGAAGCCGAGGAUAUAGUUGAACUGGAAAGAGGAAUUUCUUUAGAAGAAACUCCCGUCGACAUGGAUUUAGCUGACGUCACCCUUGACAAAAAGGAAAAGCAGAUAGCUCAAAAGUUCAACACUGAAAAAGCCAAAACGGUCGAUUUCGAAAAACGCACAGAACGUGAAGAAAUUCGAGAAGAAGUAUCUGUCAGUCAAGAAAUUACUGAAAAAGGCAAACCGAGAAGGAUCACGAAAAAGAAAAUCAUCCGUAGGAAAGGCAAUAAACAACAGGUAACUGAAGAGCAAACCGUUGAAGAAGAAGGUAAAGCUCCAGUUACUACUUCAUUGGCACACCCGGAAGAGGAAUUCAUUCCUGAAGAAGCCACUGAACCUCUGCCAUCGCUCGAAUUUACCAAACCUACUGAGCGUGAAGAAAUUCGCGAAGAAGUUACUGUCACACAAGACAUUACUGAAAAAGGCAAACCCAGAAAGAUAACGAAAAAGAAAAUCAUUCGUAGGAAAGGAAAUAAACAACAGGUGACGGAAGAGCAAACCGUCGAAGAAGACGGUAAAGCUCCAGUUACUACGUCAUUGGCACACCCGGAAGAGGAAUACGUUCCGGAAGAAGCCACUAAACCUUUGCCAUCGCUCGAAUUUACCAAACCUACGGAGCGUGAAGAAAUUCGCGAACAGGUUACUGUCACACAAGAAAUUACUAAAAAAGGCAAACCCAGAACGAUCACGAAAAAGAAAAUCAUUCGUAGGAAAGGCGAUAAACAACAGGUGACUGAAGAGCAAACCGUUGAAGAAGAAGGUAAAGCUCCAGUUACUACUUCAUUGGCACACCCGGAAGAGGAAUUCAUUCCUGAAGAAGCCACUGAACCUCUGCCAUCGCUCAAAUUUACCAAACCUACUGAGCGUGAAGAAAUUCGCGAAGAAGUUACUGUCACACAAGACAUUACUGAAAAAGGCAAACCCAGAAAGAUAACGAAAAAGAAAAUCAUUCGUAGGAAAGGAAAUAAACAACAGGUGACUGAAGAGCAGACCGUUGAAGAAGAAGGUAAAGCUCCAGUUACUACUUCAUUGGCAUACCCGGAAGAGGAAUGCAUUCCUGAAGAAGCCACUGAACCUCUGCCAUCGCUCGAUUUUACCAAACCUACGGAGCGUGAAGAAAUUCGCGAAGAAGUUACUGUCACACAAGAAAUUACUAAAAAAGGCAAACCCAGAAAGAUCACGAAAAAGAAAAUCAUUCGUAGGAAAGGCGAAAAACAACAGGUGACUGAAGAGCAGACCGUUGAAGAAGAAGGUAAAGCUCCAGUUACUACGUCAUUGGCACACCCAGAAGAGGAAUACGUUCCUGAAGAAGUCACUAAACCUUUGCCAUCGCUCGAAUUUACCAAACCUACGGAGCGUGAAGAAAUUCGCGAAGAAGUUACUGUCACACAAGACAUUACUGAAAAAGGCAAACCCAGAAAGAUCACGAAAAAGAAAAUCAUUCGUAGGAAAGGCAAUAAACAACAGGUGACUGAAGAGCAGACCGUCGAAGAAGACGGUAAAGCGCCAAAGACAACCAUUACCGCUCACCCAGAGGAAGAGAUUGUUCCUAAAGAAGCGACUGAACCGUUGCCAUCGCUCGAAUUUACCAAACCUACGGAGCGGGAAGAAAUUCGAGAAGAAGUAACUGUCAGUCAAGAAAUUCCUGAAAAAGGCAAACCCAGAAAGAUCACGAAAAAGAAAAUCAUUCGUAGGAAAGGCAGUAAACAACAGGUGACGGAAGAGCAAACCGUCGAAGAAGACGGUAAAGCUCCAGUGACUACGUCAUUGGCACACCCGGAAGAGGAAUACGUUCCGGAAGAAGCCACUAAACCUUUGCCAUCGCUCGAAUUUACCAAACCUACGGAGCGUGAAGAAAUUCGCGAACAGGUUACUGUCACACAAGAAAUUACUAAAAAAGGCAAACCCAGAACGAUCACGAAAAAGAAAAUCAUUCGUAGGAAAGGCGAUAAACAACAGGUGACUGAAGAGCAAACCGUUGAAGAAGAAGGUAAAGCUCCAGUUACUACUUCAUUGGCACACCCGGAAGAGGAAUUAAUUCCUGAAGAAGCCACUGAAUCUCUGCCAUCGCUCAAAUUUACCAAACCUACUGAGCGUGAAGAAAUUCGCGAAGAAGUUACUGUCACACAAGACAUUACUGAAAAAGGCAAACCCAGAAAGAUAACGAAAAAGAAAAUCAUUCGUAGGAAAGGAAAUAAACAACAGGUGACUGAAGAGCAGACCGUUGAAGAAGAAGGUAAAGCUCCAGUUACUACUUCAUUGGCAUACCCGGAAGAGGAAUGCAUUCCUGAAGAAGCCACUGAACCUCUGCCAUCGCUCGAUUUUACCAAACCUACGGAGCGUGAAGAAAUUCGCGAAGAAGUUACUGUCACACAAGAAAUUACUAAAAAAGGCAAACCCAGAAAGAUCACGAAAAAGAAAAUCAUUCGUAGGAAAGGCGAUAAACCACAGGUGACUGAAGAGCAGACCGUUGAAGAAGAAGGUAAAGCUCCAGUUACUACGUCAUUGGCACACCCAGAAGAGGAAUACGUUCCUGAAGAAGUCACUAAACCUUUGCCAUCGCUCGAAUUUACCAAACCUACGGAGCGUGAAGAAAUUCGCGAAGAAGUUACUGUCACACAAGACAUUACUGAAAAAGGCAAACCCAGAAAGAUCACGAAAAAGAAAAUCAUUCGUAGGAAAGGCAAUAAACAACAGGUGACUGAAGAGCAGACCGUCGAAGAAGACGGUAAAGCGCCAAAGACAACCAUUACCGCUCACCCAGAGGAAGAGAUUGUUCCUGAAGAAGCGACUGAACCGUUGCCAUCGCUCGAAUUUACCAAACCUACGGAGCGGGAAGAAAUUCGAGAAGAAGUAACUGUCAGUCAAGAAAUUCCUGAAAAAGGCAAACCCAGAAAGAUCACGAAAAAGAAAAUCAUUCGUAGGAAAGGCAGUAAACAACAGGUGACGGAAGAGCAAACCGUCGAAGAAGACGGUAAAGCUCCAGUGACUACGUCAUUGGCACACCCGGAAGAGGAAUACGUUCCGGAAGAAGCCACUAAACCUUUGCCAUCGCUCGAAUUUACCAAACCUACGGAGCGUGAAGAAAUUCGCGAACAGGUUACUGUCACACAAGAAAUUACUAAAAAAGGCAAACCCAGAUCGAUCACGAAAAAGAAAAUCAUUCGUAGGAAAGGCGAUAAACAACAGGUGACUGAAGAGCAAACCGUUGAAGAAGAAGGUAAAGCUCCAGUUACUACUUCAUUGGCACACCCGGAAGAGGAAUUCAUUCCUGAAGAAGCCACUGAAUCUCUGCCAUCGCUCAAAUUUACCAAACCUACUGAGCGUGAAGAAAUUCGCGAAGAAGUUACUGUCACACAAGACAUUACUGAAAAAGGCAAACCCAGAAAGAUAACGAAAAAGAAAAUCAUUCGUAGGAAAGGAAAUAAACAACAGGUGACUGAAGAGCAGACCGUUGAAGAAGAAGGUAAAGCUCCAGUUACUACUUCAUUGGCACACCCGGAAGAGGAAUGCAUUCCUGAAGAAGCCACUGAACCUCUGCCAUCGCUCGAUUUUACCAAACCUACCGAUCGUGAAGAAGUUCGCGAAGAAGUUACUGUCACACAAGAAAUUACUAAAAAAGGCAAACCCAGAAAGAUCACGAAAAAGAAAAUCAUUCGUAAGAAAGGAAAUAAACAACAGGUGACUGAAGAGCAGACCGUUGAAGAAGAAGGUAAAGCUCCAGUUACUACUUCAUUGGCACACCCGGAAGAGGAAUUCAUUCCUGAAGAAACCACUAUACCUCUGCCAUCGCUCGAAUUUUCCAAACCUACGGAGCGUGAAGAAAUUCGUGAAGAAGUUACUGUCACACAAGACAUUACUGAAAAAGGCAAACCCAGAAAGAUCACGAAAAAGAAAAUCAUUCGUAGGAAAGGAAAUAAACAACAGGUGACUGAAGAACAGACCGUCGAAGAAGAAGAUAAAGCGCCAAAGAUAACCAUUACCGCUCACCCAGAGGAAGAGAUUGUUCCUGAAGAAGCAACUGAACCGUUGCCAUCGCUCGAAUUUACCAAACCUACGGAUCGUGAAGAAAUUCGCGAAGAAGUUACUGUCACACAAGAAAUUACUAAAAAAGGCAAACCCAGAAAGAUCACGAAAAAGAAAAUCAUUCGUAGGAAAGGCGAUAAACAACAGGUGACUGAAGAGCAGACCGUUGAAGAAGAAGGUAAAGCUCCAGUUACUACUUCAUUGGCACACCCGGAAGAGGAAUGUAUUCCUGAAGAAGCCACUGAACCUCUGCCAUCGCUCGAUUUUACCAAACCUACCGAUCGUGAAGAAGUUCGCGAAGAAGUUACUGUCACACAAGAAAUUACUAAAAAAGGUAAACCCAGAAAGAUCACGAAAAAGAAAAUCAUUCGUAGGAAAGGCGAAAAACAACAGGUGACUGAAGAGCAGACCGUUGAAGAAGAAGGUAAAGCUCCAGUUACUACGUCAUUGGCACACCCAGAAGAGGAAUACGUUCCUGAAGAAGUCACUAAACCUUUGCCAUCGCUCGAAUUUACCAAACCUACGGAGCGUGAAGAAAUUCGCGAAGAAGUUACUGUCACACAAGACAUUACUGAAAAAGGCAAACCCAGAAAGAUCACGAAAAAGAAAAUCAUUCGUAGGAAAGGCAAUAAACAACGGGUGACUGAAGAGCAGACGGUUGAAGAAGAAGGUAAAGCUCCAGUUACUACGUCAUUGGCACACCCGGAAGAGGAAUACGUUCCUGAAGAAGUCACUAAACCGUUGCCAUCGCUCGAAUUUACCAAACCUACGGAGCGUGAAGAAAUUCGCGAAGAAGUUACUGUCACACAAGACAUUACUAAAAAAGGCAAACCCAGAAAGAUCACGAAAAAGAAAAUCAUUCGUAGGAAAGGAAAUAAACAACAGGUGACUGAAGAACAGACCGUCGAAGAAGAAGAUAAAGCGCCAAAGAUAACCAUUACCGCUCACCCAGAGGAAGAGAUUGUUCCUGAAGAAGCGACUGAACCGUUGCUAUCGCUCGAAUUUACCAAACCUACGGAGCGGGAAGAAAUUCGAGAAGAAGUAACUGUCAGUCAAGAAAUUCCUGAAAAAGGCAAACCCAGAAAGAUCACGAAAAAGACAAUCAUUCGUAGGAAAGGCGAUAAACAACAGGUGACUGAAGAGCAGACCGUUGAAGAAGAAGGUAAAGCUCCAGUUACUACUUCAUUGGCACACCCGGAAGAGGAAUGCAUUCCUGAAGAAGCCACUGAAACUCUGCCAUCGCUCGAUUUUACCAAACCUACGGAUGGUGAAGAAAUUCGCGAAGAAGUUACUGUCACACAGGAAAUUACUAAAAAAGGCAAACCCAGAAAGAUCACGAAAAAGAAAAUCAUUCGUAGGAAAGGCGAUAAACAACAGGUGACUGAAGAGCAGACCGUUGAAGAAGAAGGUAAAGCUCCAGUUACUACUUCAUUGGCACACCCAGAAGAGGAAUGCAUUCCUGAAGAAGCCACUGAACCUCUGCCAUCGCCCGAAUUUACCAAACCUACGGAGCAUGAAGAAAUUCGUGAAGAAGUUACGGUCACACAAGAAAUUACUAAAAAAGGCAAACCCAGAAAGAUCACGAAAAAGAAAAUCAUUCGUAGGAAAGGCGAUAAACAACAGGUGACUGAAGAGCAGACCGUUGAAGAAGAAGGUAAAGCUCCAGUUACUACUUCAUUGGCACAUCCGGAAGAGGAAUGCAUUCCUGAAGAAGCCACUGAACCUCUGCCAUCGCUCGAUUUUACCAGACCUACGGGUCGUGAAGAAAUUUGCGAACAGGUUACUGUCACACAAGAAAUUACUAAAAAAGGCAAACCCAGAACGAUCACGAAAACGAAAAUCAUUCAUAGGAAAGGCGAUAAACCACAGGUGACUGAAGAGCAGACCGUUGAAGAAGAAGGUAAAGCUCCAGUUACUACUUCAUUGGCACACCCGGAAGCGGAAUUCAUUCCUGAAGAAGCCAUUGAAUCUCUGCCAUCGCUCGAAUUUACCAAACCUACGGAGCGUGAAGAAAUUCGCGAAGAAGUUACUGUCACACAAGACAUUACUGAAAAAGGUAAACCCAGAAAGAUAACGAAAAAGAAAAUCAUUCGUAGGAAGGGCGAUAAACAACAGGUGACUGAAGAGCAGACCGUUGAAGAAGAAGGUAAAACUCCAGUUACUACGUCAUUGGCACACCCGGAAGAGGAAUACGUUCCUGAAGAAGUCACUAAAUCUUUGCCAUCGCUCGAAUUUACCAAACCUACGGAGCGUGAAGAAAUUCGCGAAGAAGUUACUGUCACACAAGACAUUACUGAAAAAGGCAAACCCAGAAAGAUCACGAAAAAGAAAAUCAUUCGUAGGAAAGGAAAUAAACAACAGGUGACUGAAGAGCAGACCGUCGAAGAAGAAGGUAAAGCGCCAAAAACAACUAUUAUCGCUCACCCAGAAGAAGAGUUCGUUUCUGUAGAACGUCCACAACCUUCAGAAUGUGUGGAAAAUCCCGAAGCGGUGUUUAUCACCCAAGACAUAACUGAGGAAAAUAAACCAAGGAAAGUUACGAAACGGAAAGCAAUACCAGAGAAGAGACUGAAACAUCAAAGGGCCGACGAACAAACUGUCGAAGAAGAGGGUUCGGCUCCAGUGGUUAUGUCAACUCAAUUUCCCCAGGAAGAUAUUUCUCCUACCGAGAAAAUACCAGAGGAAUUUCUGAAACCAACAAAGAAGAUGACUCGGGAAUCAAAAGAUCUUCCGGUACCAGAAGAUAUUGCAGCUCGGAAAGCAAAACUAAAACCUCUCCGCGUCAACUUAGAAGUAAAUGAAGUUAAACCUACAAAACUAAAGAUCUCCAAACCCGAACCCGAACUGCCUCAUUUCGCACAAAUUAAAUUAAAGAAAGCUCCAAUUAUUAAACGCAAGGACAACGAAAAAGACAAAUUUCCCAUAAUUCGUUUGCGCAGUCGUAUAAUAUUCUGUGAGUGGCCUCCCUCAGUGCUAUACCUCAAAAUCUCUUUUCUUAAGCCUCAAUUUAUUCAAAACGGAAUUUUAUCGCACUCCAUGGAAGAUGCUAUUAAACUCCGGAAGAUCAAACACAAAAAGUUCAAGCCCACUAACCAGAAUGAGUCAAUUCUCGAGAAACUUGAUGCCGAAUUCGAGGAACUCAAGAACGUUCCGUUAGAAGACAUGCCUGAGAAAAAGGUUUAUCAACGUACUCCGAAGCUUGAGAAGCUCGACGAACAGCUGGAUCGAAAAUUGAAAUUCGGUAAAGGAAAAGUACCAGAACAAGCAGAUGAUCUACCAGAGAAUAUAAAAUUAAAGAAAAUUCCCAUUCAAAAAUCAAAGGACGAAGCGGCAUUAAAACCUGUUGAAAAGCCCGAAAUUGCACGAAAAAGCGUCAAAAAGCCUGAUAUUGGAGAUGAAUUACCGGAUGGCCUUAUGUUUCAACCUUAUGACGUGCCAUCGGUCGAGACUGAUUUCGAAAAAUUCAAACCUCUCGAAGACGAAGAAAAAACCAAUGUCCCGGAAAAAUUGGAGGGUCAAAAGAAGCCAAAGCGGAAGCCAAGUAAACCAGAACAAGAAUUUGAGAACAUUGUCAUUUUUCCGGGUCAAGCAAAGUCCGAAAUAGACGAAGAAACACCGGAACAAAAGUUCAAGUCUAAGCAGGGCCCCAAACCAGCGGAGGAGAAAGAGAAAAUACAUCUGAAACCCUGGAAGAAACCAAAGGAUGAAAUAACUGAAGAGAAACCGUAUGAUGAUAACAUCAGGUACAUACCUUCCGACAAAAAGCAUGAAGAAGUCCCGGAAACAAUCGAGACUCUAACAACACGAGAAAUCGUUGUAACAUCCAAGAAAAAACCAAAAAAAAUUACAAAAAAACGUAUUAUAAAAAAGAAGGGAAUAAAACAACAGGUGACAGAAGUUACAACGGUAGAGGAAGAGGGUGAAGCUCCAGUUUUCUCCAUUGUUGAACAUCCUGUGGAAGAAAUUCUUCUUGAUGAGAUAGUUGUUCCAUUGCCUUUAGUUGAGAAAUCGAUCGAGGACACACAACCAGAAGAAACUCGUAAACAGGUGACCAUCAGUGAAAUAAUAACUGAGGAAGGUAAGCCGGUAACGGUGACAAAAAAGCGAACCAUCAAACGACGAGGAAAGAAGCAAACGGUUGUCGAGGAUGAAAUAAUUGAAGAGGAAGGUGAGGUUCCAAUUGUUUUGCAUACUGAGAUACCCUGCGAAGAAAUAAUAGAAGAGGAAACGUAUAAACCUCUAGAUAUUAUUGAGGUACACGAACCGUCACUUAUUGAGGAGACCACUGAACAAGUGAGCGUUACCGAGGUAUUAACAAAAGGAGGACGACCGCAAAAGACAACGAAAAGGCGAAUUAUCCAAACCAAAGAUAAACAGCAAAGAAUUUCGGAAGAAAUAACCGUUGAAGAGGAAGGAAAGUCACCUCAAAAAUCUCGGACCGAUCAAAUUCUCGAACGAGCACCUACGGCUAUAGAGUUCGAAGAGCAGCCAGCUGUCCUUGAGGAAAUACAAGAAGAGGUCAAAGUCACUGAUACUUUGACGCCUAAAGGCACACCAAAAAAAUUCACCAAGACAAAAAAGAUCAUCAAGCGCGGUAAAGCAAAGAAAGUAGCGGAGGAAAUAACUGUUGAAGAGGAAGGCAAGGCCCCAGUGACUGUUGUUUUUGAAGAAACUAACGAAGAUGUCACUGUUGAACAGAACGUUACAUUCUCAUUGGAACACGAGAAACCUGAGGAUGUUGAAGUUUCUCAACAGAUCAGUGUUACGGAAGAGGUGACAGACAAAGGCAAGCCACGAACAAUUAUUAAAAAGCGUGUCGUUCGGAAAAUAGGCAACAAACAGAAAGUAACUGAACAAGUAACUGUAAAAGAAGAAGGAAAAGUUCCCGUGACGACGGUGCUAGAUGAACCAUUCGAAGAAGUGCUUAUAGACGAAAAAACUCAUGUAUUGCCAAUCAUUGAACAAGCCACUCCUACUGAAGAAGAAGUAGUUAGUGAACAAGUAGUUGUGAUUCAGACAGUAACACAGCAAGGAAAACCGAAGAAGAUAACGAAAAAACGAGUUGUACAGAGACGGGGUGAUGAACAAAAAGUCCGGGAAGAGACAACGAUCGAGGAAAAUGGCAAAAGCCCAAUAUUAACUGUUGUCGAACAUCCCAUUGAGAGUAUCAUCUUCGAAGAGACAAAUAAACUCCCUGAGCUGAUACCGGAUGUUGUGCCAGAAGUUGUUACUUCUAAAACCACGGUCAUUGAGGAAUUAACGCCUCAACUGAAACCCAAAAAAAUAAUUAAAAAACAGACGAUUGUUGAAAAGCCACAUAAGAAGCCUCGAGCAACUGAAGAGACAACUAUCAUAGAAGAAAACCAGGAACCUGUAACGACUGUAUGUGAACUUCCAGCUGAAAAAGUUGAAGAAAUUAUGAGUAAACUGCCCAAAACGAAAAAAUCAAGUAAGAAACCCAAGAAGGUACCAAGCAAAGACGAAGAAACCGAAAUCAAAGAAAUAAUCGCAAAGGAAUCCGAAGAAAUUCCAAUUUUCGUAGACACAAUAAUCACUGAAGAAAUUCAAGAAACUCCUGAUAAAAAACUCAAAAAAGUAACUAAGAAAAAAACAGUAUCUAGGAAGAAGGGUAAACAACCCGAAAUCAUUGAGGAAAUUACUGUUGAGGAGGCAGACAAGACACCAAGAAAAACCACAAUCAUCGUGCCGGUCACCGAAAUUUUCGAAGAUGGCGAGGUCAUAGAACUUCCGGCACUUGAUGUACCAUCCGAAGCAACAAUCGUCGAAGUAACGCGCGAACAUGUCACAGUUUCGGCGGAGGUGACAGAACGAGGGAAGCCGACAAAGAUUUCAAAGAAACGUACCGUAGUUCAAAAACUAAACGAAAAGCCCGUAAUCAUCGAAGAAACAACUGUGGUCGAAGGAGACGAACAACCCAUAACGACGGUUCUGGAACUCCCCAUGGAAAAAGUGGAACAAAUGCUUCAGGAACAACCAAAACCAAAAGGAACAAAAAAACCAAAGCGAAAAUCAAAUACUGUAACAGACGGUGGAAAAGAAUUCGGAGUCACUGAAAUUCCCAAGGGAGAGACUGAAGACUACCCAGAUGUUAUUGACACAAUAGUUACCGAAGAGAUACACGAAACACCGGAUAAAACAACGGAGAAGGUAACGAAGAAAAAGACGAUUCGCAGAAAGAAGGGUAAGAAACCCGAAGUCAUUGAAGAAACUAUAACAGAGGAGGUAGGCAAACCACCGAGAAUUACUACGGUUGUCUUGCCUGGCGAAGAAAUAAUUGAGGAAGAAAAGAUGUCAGAUUUCCCUACACUCGAGGAACUAUCUGAGACUACAAUUAUCGAAGCAACCCGGGAAAAAGUUACUGUAACAGAUGAGAUAUCUGAUCAAGGGAAACCAAGAAAGAUAACGAAGAAGCAGAAGAUCGUUCAUAAACGCGGUGAAGAUAAAAAACUCGUCGAACACGUCACCGUGGAAGAAGAAGGCAAGGAACUAGUAACUACAGUGAGUGAAAUUUCCAAAGGAAUAAUCGAUGAAUAUAAAUUUGAUAUUCCAGAACCACCGAAGAAAACCAAAAAGAUUGCGAAAAGGAAACCACUUACAUCUAUUGAGAAAUCUCCUGAAGAGGUUCAGAAAAUGACAGAGCUAAAACAGAAGCUGAAACCCCAAUUGAUGAAAAUUGAGCGGAAUGAACAAAAGCCCGUUAAACUAAAAAUAGAAUCUCCACAAAUGCCCGAGUUCGCUCAAAUUAAAUUGAAAAAAGCAAUAGUGUCAAAGAAACCAAAAGACGCGGGCAAAAAACGUGAUGCAUUUCCGAAAAUUAUGUUACGUAGUCGAAUAGUUGCCCACGAAUGGCCACCUUCUCUACAGUAUCCGGUGAUCACUGAACUUGAGCCUAUCUAUGUUCAGUCAGGUAUACUAUCUCGAAACAUGGAGGAUGCGCUUAAAAUCAAAAAGCCAAAGCAGCGCACACACAAGCCGAUGAAGAAAGAGCUAACCGAAUUGGAAAAACUCGAUUUGGAGUUUGAAGAUUUGAAGAAAACGCCAUUGGAAACUAUUGAAGAUAAGUCGGUUUACGAGAGAACACUGAAGCCAAAGAAACCCAAGACAGAAACACCGGAAAAGUUCAAAGUUGGUAAAGGCAAAGUGCCAUCAAAAGAAGAACCGGAAGAUGAAAUAGUCACUCUUAAAAAGAUUCCAAAGGUUGACAAAGACGAAUCAGAAGUUGUAGACGAAUUACCAAAGAAGAAAACACCAAAGUUGAAGCAACAACUAUCCAAAGAAGAUAAAGAAUAUCCAGAGCUGACGUCGUUUGAGCCUUAUGAUGUACCAUCAAGCGAAACCGAUCUCGAAGAGCGUGAAGCUCCUGAAGUACGUGAUAAGGAAGAACCCGAGAAAGAUAAGCCUGUAAAGAAGCCUUCGAAAUUGAAGAAGAAAAAACCAGAACCUGAGAUGGAAUCGAUUCCGAUUGUGCCUGGCGUGCCUAAACCACUAAAAACGGAAGAGCAACCAGAGAUAAAAUUCAGAAUACCUAAAGGCGACAAGCCUGAAGAAGAGCAGGAAAAAAUCAAGCUGAAGCCUUGGAAGAAAGACAAGAAGCCCGAAGACCAAGAAAAAAAUCAAGACGAUGGCAUAAGAUAUUUACCACGAGAUGAGGACGUUGUUGAGACCGUGGAGACGGUGACUACCGAAGAAAUUUAUGAAGAGCCUGGCAAAAAACCUAAGAAAGUAAUGAAGAAAAGAACGACGAAGAAAAGUGGUGAUGACAUUCCUCGAGUUACUGAACAAGUUAUCUCCCAACAAGAGGGCGAACAGCCAAUAAUUACGACAACGUUUGAAGAAGUCGAGGAAGCUGAUAUUCCCGUUGAAAACCCAGAGGCGAUAAAACCGAAACUGGUAGAAGAAUUAAAGGAACGUGUUACGGUCACGACAGUAAUAACAAAGGAAGGGAAGCCGGCGAAAAUAGUGAAGAAACGUACGAGCAAGAAACGCGAUGGUAAAGAGCAGGUAACCCAAGUGAUAACGGUUCAAGAGGAAGGUAAAGAACCGGUAACUACGGUAAUCGAUGAAACUGAAGACACUACACCAAUAUCACACGAAAAACCGAAACACAAAAAACCAAAACAGUCUAAAGAUGUCGAGCGGGGUCCAGAAGGUAUCACCCAGGAAAGACUACAAGAGGAAGUCGUCGAGGAGGUGACUGAGGAGACGUCGAAAACUCUUCCCAAGACGCGCAAGUCUAAAAAAGCGGUAGACGAGGUCACCGAAGAAAUUGUUGAGGAAAUCAUCACCGAAAUACCGAAAAAACAAAAGGCCAAGACGCUUCCGGAAGAAAUUGAAACUGUAGAGAUCACCGAGGUUGAUGUUCAGGAGGCGACAAAGGAUGACGUCAUCACGGAGGAAAAAGAGACUAUCGACAUUAAGAAAAAACCAACGAAAAAAAUCGUCAAGAAAACAAAAACUGUCGUUCGCGACGAUGGAGCUCCAGACGAGAUUGUUGAAGAAAUCAUCAUCGAAAAGCCAAGGGAAGAGCAAGCCAUACCUAUUGAGGAGGAACAUGAGCAAAGCGUGGAUAUCACUGAAGUAACAGUAGAAAAGGCACCGAAGCGGAAACCUAAGAAAACAGUGGUAAUCGCAGAAAAAACAGAGGAAGAGAUAAUUGAAACUGUAGAAACGCCUACUUCGAGAACAAUCAGGAAAAAGUUGCCUGGAAAGAAGGGCAAGCCGGAAGAAAUCAUUGAGGAAAUCAUCGAGAAACCGAGUGAAGAAUCCGUUUUCAUGGAAGAGCAACAAAUUAUCGAAAUCACAGAAACUCCAACGAAGAAGGUGAUCAAAAAGAAAACAGCAGUUACUAGAGAAGACGGCAUUCCUGAAGAAGUUAUCGAAGAAAUCGUCAUCCACAAACCGAAAAAAGAAAAAGCAAAGCCCAUUGUUGAGCAAUUAGAAACAGCAAAUAUAACAAAAACUGACGUAAUGUUGGGACCCAAAGAGAUUAUCGAGACUGUGGAAACUCCUACGAAGAUAACAACUAAAAUCCGUAGAAAAUCAUUGAAGAAAGACGUGCCUGAUGAAAUAGUUGAAGAAGUUGAAAUAAAACCAGUAGAGGAACGUACGUUUAUGGAGGAACAGCAAAUCGUUGAAAUCACGGAAACACCAACAAAAACAAUCAUCAAAAAGAAAAAAGCUCUAACACGAGAAGAUGGUGUUCCUGAAGAGGUCCUUGAAGAGAUUGUGUUGCACAAACCAAAAGAAGAAAAAGCAAAACUUCGGGUGGACAAGUUGGAAACUGCAAGGAUAACAAGAACGAUCGUCCAACAGGCUCCGGAAGAAAAGGUCACCGUCGUAGACGAAGAAAUAAUAGAAACCGUGGAAACUCCGACACAGCGAACAACCAAGAAGCGCAGGAAGUCUUUGAAGAAAAAUGUUCCAGAUGAAAUUAUUGAGGAGAUUGUUAUGAAACCUUUGGAGGAAAAAACUUUUAUGGAGGAACAACAAAUAGUUGAAAUAACGGAAACCCCCACAAAAACUAUUAUCAAGAAAAAGACUGCAGUCACGAAUGAAGAUGGAAUACCAGAAGAAGUGAUCGAAGAAAUUGUUCUGCACAAACCCAAGAUGGAAACCGCUAAGUUCUCGAUAGACGAACUCGAUAGGGCAAGAGUAAUAGAAACCGAGGUAAAAGAAGCACCGGAAAUAGUUGAAGAAGUAAUCGAAACCGUAGAAACUCCUGCGGCAGUGAAAAUAAAAAAACGCAGGAAAUCAGUAAAGAAAGACAUACCAGAGGAAAUAGUGGAAGAGACAAUUGUAAAACCAGCUGAAGAGUCGACAUUCAUGGAAGAGCAACAAAUUGUCGAAAUCACUGAAACACCAACAAUGAAAGUCAUCAAAAAGAAAAAAGCUGUAACACGAGAGGACGGCAUACCCGAGGAAACAAUCGAAGAGAUUGUUAUCCACAAACCGAAACCUGAAAAGGCUAAGAAAGCUAUUAUUCCGAAAGAAGGUAUUCAAGUCACCCAAGUUAUUGCAGAAAUGGUACCGGAAGAACUGGAAGUGACGAAGAAACCACAAGAGGAAGAAGCCAUACCAAAGGAAGAUAUUCCGGAGGAAGCUAAAGUAGUGGAAAUAAAAACAGAAAAGGCUCCGAAAAAACCGACCGAAGCGGUCAUUGGGGAAAUUGAGAAUCAAAAAGACCAAGUUGAAGAAAUAAAACCUAAGAAGCCUAAGAAAGUGAAGGCGGAUAAAACGAUAUCACCGAAAGAGAGCGUUGAAACAACCGAAGUCAUUUCAUCAGUCACGACGGAAGAUCUUCCCGACCGUGAAAAGCCUGAAGAGGAAGAAGCGGUUCUUGUACAAGAAAAGGAUGAUACGAAAGUCCAAGUGGUUGAAGUUCCUGUUAGUAAAACCCCCAAGAAAAAAAAGAAGAUUCCUGAAGAAGGUAAACCGGCGGAAGAACAGCCUGAGAAAACCUUGGAAAAAGAACUCAAUGGUCAUGCUCCCGAAGAAAUCAUUCCAGUGGAAGAGGCCGUCGAAGAGAUCAAACCUACAGAAGAAGUGAAAGAGAAGAAAACAGUAAAAAAGACGAAAAAGAAGAAGCCCGUAGCCAAGAAGGAUGAAAUUGAAGAAUGGGUAGAGCCUGAGUAUGAACGGCCGGUCCUGGAACCAAUGCCUGAAAAGAUUCAGUGGGAGCCUACGAAAAAGAAGAAAGAAAAAGAGCCCGUGUCAGCUGAGCCACUAAAACUGGUGCCUCAAAAGAUCGAACGAAAAGAAUUUAAAGCUACAAAAUUGUCUUAUUCUCAGCCGGAGGAACAAGUUCAAUUCGGCACAAUAAAACUGAAGAAAGUUUCCGUUCCGAAAAAGAAAGAAGCACCGACAGUACAACUGCCAAAAUUCCUUCUCAAAAGUCGUAUAACCUUCAUCGGCGAUUAUCCGCCAGAAAUACAGAAACCCGUGUUAACGGUUCUCGAAGAGAAUCCUGUCCAGGCUGGCAUCCUUUCACGAAACACUACGGAAGCCCUAAAAGUUUUGAAAAUGAAAUUUAAAAAGAAAAAACUUUCUGAAGUCGAACUGACGGAAUUAGAGAAACUGGAUAAGGAGUUUGAGGAGUUGAAGAAAACGCCGCUUGAAGAGCUUGAAGACAAGUCCGUAUACGAACGCCCAGCAAAAAAACCAACACCGGAGGAAGAAAAACCAAAACCGCUGAAAAUUGGCAAAGGCAAAGUCCCCGAAGAAAAGAAGGUCGAGCCUGAAGAUAUUAAAUUGAAAAAGAUUCCUGAGAAAAAGGCCGAGGAAGUGGAAGAACCAAAGAAAAAACCUAAGAAAACGGAGCCCACCGAAGAGCUGGCUCCGAAAGAAAAACCAAAACCGAAACCGAAACUAGAACAAGAAGAGCUCAGACCAUUGGACUUUGAAAGGCCGGAGUUAGAAAAGUAUGUUCCUGAGGAGGAAGAGAAGCCAGUAGAGCCAACUCCUGAAAUCGAACCUAAACCAUAUAAGCGUCCUUCGAAGAAAAAACCUGAACAAGAAGCGGAACAAAUACCUUUGAUUAAAGGCGUGCCAAAACCAUCGGAACCAGAGGAAGAACCGGAAGUCAAAUUCAGAAUACCGAUGAAAGAAAAACCCGUGGAAGAACCAGAAACAAUAACUCUUAAAGGCUGGAAGAAGGAUGUGCCAGAGGAGGAAGGAUCUGAAGAGUUUCCGGAGGGGCCGACUUAUAUACCAACUCAAGCACCCAAGGAUCUCAGUCCCGAGAAGGAAGUCCCAGUUACGAAAGAACCAAAGAAGAAAAAGAAGAAACCACUACCGAAGAAAGAUGAAAUUGAAGAGUGGGUAGAGCCGGAAUACGAGCGACCAGUUCUUGAGCCCAUGCCGGAGAAAAUUGAGUGGGAGCCUACGAAAAAGAAAAAAGAAAAGAAAAUAGAACCUGUUAAAGAAGAGCCCAUGAAAGAAGAAUCUACAGUCGAAGAGCCUUCGAAGCCAGAAUCCGUCGAAGAAAAGCCUGUGGAAGUCGAGUCUUUCGAACACGAAGUUCCCAAAGUGGAACCCGUAGAAACACUCGAUGUAGUGACGAUUAGGAAAAAACCUAAAAAGGCACCUGAAGUUGAAGACGUCACGGAAGAGAUAGUAAUGAAAAAACCCAAAAAGAAAGAAGAAAAACCUGAAGAAAUGGUUGAAGUGGUGAUUGAAAAGAAACCAGAGAAGCCCGUCGAUGAACAGGCGGCUGAUAUUGUCAUAGAGAAACCUGCUCCUUCGGAAGUCCAGGAAAUAGAAGAGAUUACAGAGGAAGCAACAAUCAAGAAGGAACCCAAAAAGAAAAAGAAAAAGCCCGAAAAGAAAAAAGACGAAAUUGAGGAGUGGGUCGAACCAGAGUACGAACGUCCUGUCCUUGAACCGAUGCCGGAGAAAAUUCAGUGGGAACCCUCGAAGAAAAACAAAGAAAAGAAAGAAGAACCCGUCAAGGAAGAACCGGUAAAGGAGGAACCUGUCGAUGAGGAACCUAUAAAAGAAAAACCUUUCAGGGAAGAACCGGUGGAAGAAAAACCUGAAGAAGUAACGGAAGCUGUGACUAUAAAGAAAAAACCGAAGAAGAAACCAGAAGUGCCAGAAACUCCCGAAGAAGUCAUAACACUAAAGCCCGUUGCUCCAAAAGAGACAGAUGAAAAACUCGAAGAAGUUGUCGAAGCAGUUCUGGUGAAAAAGCCAACAAAGCAACCAUUAGAAGAAGAGGUAGCUGACGAGAUUGUCAUCAGAAAGCCUGUCGAAAUUGAGGAGAUUAAAGAAGUCAAAGAGAUCACGGAGGAAGUAGUAGUGAAGAAAGAACCAAAGAAAAAGAAGAAACCUGAGAAAAAGAAGGAUAUCGAAGAAUGGGUUGAGCCAGAAUACGAACGACCAGUUCUCGAGCCAAUGCCCGAAAAGAUCGAAUGGGAGCCAACUAAAAAGAAAAAGGACAAGAAAGAAAUAAUAAAACCAAUCGUGGUCCCUGAAAAACCAGUUGAACUUGAAGAAGUUCCUGAAGCUGUGACGAUCAUGAAAAAGCCUGCAGAAAAACCCAAAGCUGAAGAAAGUUCGGAAGAAAUUUUCGUCAAAAAACCGACUCCUAAGUUAAAACAGCCCGAAGACGUCGAAGAAGCGGUAGUGCUGAAAAAACCGAAAACUCCUAUCUCUGAAGAUGAGGCGCAAGAAAUUGUUAUCAAGAAGCCGAUGAAAGUGGAAGAAACGAAAGAAGUUGAGGAAAUCACGGAGGAGGUUACUCUGAAGAGAAAACCACGAAAACCGUCAAUUGAAAAAGAGGAGCCUGAGGAAUCAUUGGUUAUUAAGCCGCGUCCAGUUGAAGUAUCGAAAGAUGUGGAGGAGACAACAGAAGAGGUGAAAAUCACUAAGAAGCCUGAACAAGCACCAACCAUGGAAGAAGCUGCCGACGAAAUCGUCAUAAAAAAACCCGUUCCCGUCGAAGAAGUCAAAGAAAUCGUUGAAGAAACCGAAGAAGUAGUUGUGAAAAAAGAACCAAAGAAAAAGAAGAAAAAACCAGAAAAAAAGAAGGACGAUAUCGAUGAUUGGGUUGAACCAGAAUAUGAACGACCUGUUCUGGAACCAAUGCCCGAAAAAAUUCAAUGGGAACCGUCAAAAAAGAAGGAAGCAAAGGAAGAACCAGUGCCAUCCAAGCCAGUCACGGAGGAGCCCGAAGAUAUUUCGAAAGUUGUGACACUCAAGAAAAAGCCCACCAAAACUGUGGAAGUUGAAGAGACUACUCAACAAGUUGUGCUCAAAAAACCUGCGGUCGUAGAGAAGAAAGAUGAGCAAGUGACCGAAGAGGUGAUUAUAAAGAAACCAAAGAAAGCCCCAGUCGAAGAAGAAGCAGCCGACGAGAUUGUAAUCAAGAAACCAGUAUCCGUUGAGAAAGUUGAAGAGACACAAGAGAUCACGGAAGAGGUAACAAUCAAGAAGAAACCUAAGAAAAAACCAGUUUCCGAAGAGGUUACCGAAGAGGUCACUAUCACGAAACGAGUUCCCACUGACAAGCCUGAAGAGGUUGAGGAAAUUACUGAAGAAGUCACUUUGAAGAAGAAACCGAAGAAAAAACCUGUCAUUGAAGAGUCUGCUGACGAAGUCGUGAUUAAGAAACUAUUGCCGGAAGAAAAGCCUCAAGAGAUCGAAGAAGUUACCGAAGAAGUGACUCUUAAGAAGAAACCAAAGAAAAAACCUGUCAUCGAAGAGGCUGCUGACGAAGUCGUAAUCAAGAAACUUGUACCGGAAGAAAAACCUGAAGAAAUUGAGGAGGUUACGGAGGAAGUAACUUUUAAGAAGAAACCAAAAAAGAAACCCAUCGUUGAAGAAGGUGCUGAUGAAGUCACAAUCAAGAAGCCUGCACCAAAGCAAAAGAUUGAGGAAACCGAGGAUGUGUCGCAAGAGGUGACAUUAAAAAAGAAACCUAAAAAGAAACCUGUAAUUGAGGAGGCCGCGGACGAAGUGACGAUUAAAAAAGUCACGAAAGUAGAACCGGAAGAAGAAAUGACAGAAGAAAUAACAAUAAAGAAGAAGCCCAAAAAGAAAGAACCAGAAGUAGAAGAUGUCGAGGGUGGUGAGGUGACAAUUAAAAGAAAGCCCAAAGCCGAAGUAACGGUCACGGAAGCGGAAGAUGUUUCUACGGAUAUUAAGUUGAAAAAGAAAACUAUAAAACGUACAGUAGACGAAGCGGCUGAAGAAUUGGUAAUCCAGAAAACAGAAGAAGUCGAAGGCCCGGAAGUGGUGGUUGAAGAAGUAGUCGAAGAAUUUACCAUUAAGAGAAAACCACCGAAAAAAGCACCAAAGCCCAUAGAGGAGAGCUACGAAGACGUGACCUUGCGCAAGUUACGACCAAAGCGAAAACCUCGUCCUGACAUUAAGGAAGUCACGGAAACGGAAAACGUUACAUUCCGUCCACGCACAACGAAAACAAAAGAGGACGUCGAGCAGGAAUUCAAGAUAUCGUUGAACACAUACGAGGAAGAGGAUAUUUCCAUGUCAGGUAAGGUUCGUUUGAAACCAAAGAAACGGCAGCCAACGUAUUCGGAAGAAACAGGUGAAGAAACAAUACGAAUAGUGCAAGAGCCUGAAGACGAUGGUCAGCCGAUAGUCGAGGAGAUUAUUGACGAAUCCGACGAGGAUGUAAAGGAUGAAUACAGUAUAGAAGAGCUGGACGUUGACGAGUUCAACAUGCCGUUGAAACGCAAAGUAAAGAAACAACCGCGGCCUUAUUCAGUCGAAGAGUUCGAGGAGGAUGGAGUGAAGAUGAAGCUAAAACGCGAUCGUAAAUACUCGUACGAAGAGACAGACGAAUCAUUGGCGCUGAAAUUAAAAUCAAAAAGACGCGUAUCAACGUACGAGGAAGAGGAAGCUAGUCUGAGCAUCACCAAAGAAGGAGAUGUCUUCGAUGAAGACGAGGAAUAUACAGUGCAGGAUGGAGACACAAUGUUCUCGAUAUGUUCAUACGUUGCGGAAACCGACGAAGCGAUUGAUCUCGUCGAGGGUGAAAGAGUCUACGUUAUCGAACACACCAACGCCGAUUGGUGGUUCGUCCGGAAGCAUUUGACUGCGGAGAAGGGUUGGGUACCAGCGCAAUAUCUUUUGGACGAAGUUCACUACACGAUUUACCUUCAGCACAAGUUGCACGAGAAAAUUGACAAAUUGCCCGUUUUCGAAAAACCCGGUCCAAACGAGAAAGCUGCAGCGCCACGGUUCAUCGAAAAGCUGCAGCCAAUUCACACUCCAGACGGCUAUACGGUGCAAUUCGAGUGCCAAGUUGAGGGUGUACCGAGGCCUCAGAUAACAUGGUUCCGACAAACAGCGAUCAUCAAACCUUCACCCGAUUUCCAGAUUUACUACGACGAGGACAACGUCGCUACGCUCAUUAUUCGAGAAGUAUUUCCCGAGGAUGCUGGUACGUUUACUUGCGUUGCUAAAAAUGCAGCCGGAUUCGCGUCAAGCACUACCGAGCUUACGGUCGAAGCACCACUCUCUGACCAUGGAUCGGAUAUCACAGGACCAUCGAGAAAGAGUCUUUCAAGGGAGUCAUCACUGGCUGAUAUACUGGAAGGAAUACCGCCGACCUUCUCGCGAAAGCCAAAGGCAAAAUGCGUGAAUGAAACGGACGACGUUAUUCUUGAGUGUCGUCUGGUUGCUGUGCCUGAGCCAGAGAUUACCUGGUACUACGAGAACAAAAAGAUAGUGACAGAGAAGAACGUGGUGGUUGCAACUGAGAGCGAUAUGCACAUGUACUGCAGUGUCAUGAAGAUCAUGAAGGUGGAGAAAAAACAGGAAGGCCGUUACAAAAUUGUAGCGAAGAACAGAGAAGGCGAGGCUGCAAUUGAGAUUCCUCUGAAGGUCAGAACAGGAGCUCGAGAACCGCCCGAAAUUUUGGAACCUUUGAAGCCUUACGUGGUGAGAGAAGGAGAAACAGUGGUCCUGUCAACACAGAUUGUUGGUACACCGACGCCCAAAGUGACAUGGUAUAAGGAUGACAAACCAUUGAAAAAAGAAUUUACACCAAAAACGGAAGGGGAUACUCACAGCCUGACACUUAUUCAACCGCAAUUGACUGACGCUGGAGAAUAUUCUUGCGUUGCUACCAACGAUUUGGGAACCGCUGACACUAAAGCAUCUCUCAUCGUUGAAGAAACUCCGAGCGGGGCACCCGAACCUCCAUUGUUCACGCAGAGAUUCCAAGAACUUACGGUGCCGGAGAAAGGCACAUUCAAACUCGUUGCCAAAGUUACCGGGAAUCCAGUGCCGGAAGUCGCGUGGUUGAGGAACAAUAAGCCACUGGAGAAAUCACCGAACAUUAAAGAGACGUAUGAUGGCGAGAAUAUAAUCUUGGAAAUAAAGAACGCUGAUUCGGAAGUGGAUGCUGGGGAUUACAAGUGCACAGCGAGUAAUCCAGUAGGAAAAGCCUCUCACGGUGCCAAAGUCACAGUCGACGUGCCAAGAGUAACCUUCACCAAGAAACUCGUUAAAAAGUUGGAGGUCAACGAGUGGAAAACACUCGAAAUGACAUGCGAAACAUCGCACACAGUGUCAACAACCUGGUGGCACAACGACAAAGAAAUCAGUGGAAUGGAUCAUCGGGAAGUGAUACAAGAUGGUCGAACACAUCGUUUGGUCAUCAAGAGAACGACAAUGAGCGACGAAGGCAUGUACAAAUGCACUGUGAAAAAUCAGUCGACCUCUUGCGACGUCACGGUUAAACCAGCGAAGCCGGAAUUCGUUCGUAAGCUUCAAGACUUUGAGGUGAAAGAACGUGACAUCGCAAUCCUCGAGGUUGAAAUUACAUCGGAAACAGCCGAAGUCACGUGGCAAAAGGAUGGACAACCUCUAUCGCCUCGAGAUGAGAAACUCGAAUUCGUCAACGAAGGAAACGUCAGAAAACUGUUUAUCAGAAUGGCGUCCGUCCACGACGAGGGAGAGUACACUUGUGCUCUUCCAACCGAAGAAUGCACAGCUGAAGUUACCGUGGUCGAAUUGCCACCUGAAAUCAUACGGAAAAUGAAAGACGUUAAAAUAGCCAGGGGAGACAAAGCGAAAUUCGAUAUCGAGCUCACGAAGGGUGAUGCCCUAGUUCGCUGGUUCAAAGACGGUCAAGAGUUGCUAUUUUCCGAGCAUGUUCGACUUGCUAUCGACGGAAAACGACAAAAAUUGAAAAUCUUUGACGCUGAACCCGAGGAUGCCGGUAUUUAUUCGUGUCAAGUUGGAGAUCAAACCUCAGAAGCAAGGCUCAUCGUAGAAGAGCCUGGAGUCGAUCUAAUUAGGAGACUACCGGACGUUACACUCGUACCUCUCGACGAAGACGCCUUGUUUACGAUUGAGUUGUCCAGGCCAGACGUCACCGUCAAAUGGUUCCGAAAAACGGAGGAGAUUAAAGAGUCCCGAAAAUACACGAUCAUCGAUGAAGGAACAGUGAAAAAGCUCAUCGUUAGCGAAUGUACCGUGGACGAUGCUCUCGAGUACAGCGCAGUCAUUCUGAACGUCAAAACAUCGUCCAGACUCAAAGUCGAGGUGGUUGAAUCGUCACCGAAAAUAGCAACGGAAUCCCAAAAAUUGUACAAAGCGAAAAAGGGCACAGAUGUAGAAAUGACAGUGAGAUAUACAGCAUCACCAAAGCCGACCGAAGAAUGGAGCGUCGAUGGGCGGGUUGUUACCGAGUCCAAGAAGAUCAUAAAGACAAUAAACGAGGAAUUUGCUACGUUGACAAUAAAGAAAGUUCAAGAAGAGAAUGUGGGAGAUUACACACUGAAAUUAAGCAACGUUCACGGCGAAGCCAGCACAGAAAUGAGGCUGGUAGUCGUGCGUGAACCUGGCAAACCUCAGGGACCUAUAAUCGUUAAGGAUAUAAGAUCGGAUCGCGUGACUCUAGAAUGGAAAGAACCAUUAGACUGUGGUGGCUGCGAUCUCAUCUCUUACACCAUUGAGAAAUGCAUAAAAUCGAAAAAGACCUGGACCAAAGUUGAUGAAGUCAACAAAGACAUAACCACCUACCGCGUCGAAGAUUUGCAGAAAGAUACCGAAUACUUGUUCCGAAUUAUUGCUACAAAUGAAGUUGGAUCCUCCGAGCCUUUGGAAUCUGACUCAGUAUUUGCCAAAACUACCUUCGACAAACCCGGACCACCUCGGGGACCUCUCGACAUAUCGGGAAUGACGAAAACUUCGUUCACUAUAAAAUGGCUAGCUCCGGAGAGCGAUGGCGGUACUCCGAUAACCGAGUACAUUGUCGAAAUGAAGGAAAGCAAGAAAAAGACUUGGACCAAGAUCGGAACGACGAAGGGCGACACGACAGAUAUAAUCGUAUCGGAUUUGAAAACCGAUGUGUCGUACGACUUCAGGAUAACGGCCAAGAACGUUGCGGGCACGGGACCUCCGUACUUAUCGGAAGAGCCAGUAACUGCGGGAAAACGUAUAACACCACCAUCCUGCCCCCUCAACCUCCAAGUAACGACUGUGACAAGCAGAAGCGUUACUUUGGCUUGGUCACCACCAGAGAGCACAGGGGGUACAGAACUGACAGGCUACGUUAUCGAGAAGAAAUCAUUAGCGAGCAAAGACUCUACGUGGACGAAAGUAGUGACCCUCGAUGCAACCACACUGCAAUAUUGCAUCGAGAAUUUGAAGGACAGCGAAUUCCUGUUUAGGGUAUUCGCUGAGAACUGCAUGGGUCUGAGCACACCGACUGUUUCCGAAAACGUUAUCCUCAAGACUCACGCAACCGUACCAUCUCCACCGACUGCGCCACUGGAGAUCAGACAAAUCGCUGGCAACACGGUAGUCAUAGAAUGGGGCAGACCAGAAUACGAUGGUGGUGCUCCGCUCGAAUUUUACAAAAUCGCCAUCAGGGACAUCAAGAAAACCAUGUGGAUGGAAGUGGGCCGUGUUAAUGCUGAUAUACAAAAACUUAUGGUUCGGGAUCUUCAGGAGGAUCAUGAGUACCUUGUCAGGAUCUAUGCGAAAAAUGAGGUGGGCUUCAGUGAGCCUCUCGAGUCCGAAGAACCAUUCAAAAUUGUUCCAGCCUCAGAAUUAACGGUGAUCGAACCAGUGGCAGAAGCGACUGACCACGGAGAGACAGCAUCGGUUAGCUUCAGCACGGAAAACACAAGUUCCUGGCUAAGAGAACAUAACAUGGACGCAGAUAUAAGUUCGUACGCACGGGCGAGGCUUCUGAGGAAAGAUGAGUAUUUCUUCCGAAUCUGGCAUUAUGCGAAAAAGCUCUUCAAAGAGUAGGUAAACCAGGAUAACCAUUGAAAAAAAGCAUUUCCAAAAUUCCACUUUCAAUUCAAAAGAUGUAUUAUAUAUGUAUCGAGAUAUGAAAACUUCCUCAAUUCCCGCCUCGCCAAGCGUUGAUGUUAGACGAAUAAAAGUGCCCGAUGCGCACAAAUAAGCAUCGAGCAACGAUGAAAAAUAAAUAGUGAAAAGGUAAAGGAGGUGGUGGAAAAAGUGAAAGAUUCACUUCGCUAGAUAUUCUUCUUUUGCAGCGAUCGAGCGCGUACGAAUUUAGCUCUGUCCACUUUUUGAUGUAAAACGAUGUUCAUCGACAUUGCAGUAAAUAAUAUAUUACGAAAAUGUACGCAGUACAUUUAACGGACGAGUGUACAAUCUAGUCAGUUUGAAAAGAGCAAAAAAAGAUUUGAGAAUGAGUUAAAAGUUCAGUUGAAACAAAAAACAAAAUAGUAAUCUCCCGUCGAUCGAAUGCACGACCUUUCGAGGUCUCUCAGGGAGAACCAUGCAAAAAAAACCAAAGAAAGUACGAAAAGUAUACAGUGAAAUAAUAUAUUUAUCCCCUUUUAGAUUAAGAAAAUUUUAUUCCGAGAUACUGCACAUUUUUGUCCCUCAAAGCCCUAGUUAUCACCACUUGCUAAAUAACAUUUAGAGGCCUUCGACGUGAAUCUUGAAAAUUCAAUAUGUCGAACCAAAAAUUAGCCUCGUACUUGAGUUGCGAAUUGUAAAGAAGUUGAAGCAUGUGAUAAUAUUGAUUGAAAUCACGUCGACAGAUGAAACGAAAGAAAAGGGAGUUAAUCUCAAUUUAUUUAUAUUUAUAUAAACUAUAAAUUAUGAAAAAAAGAAAAAUGAUUUAUUGUAUUGCCAUACCAUACGAUCGUUGAUUAUUCUCAAUUUGCGAGGAUCAAGUAUUUAUUUUAGCAAAUUUUAUUUUAGUCAUAAUCAUUAUCAUUAAGAAUAAAUCUUACGAAAAUUGCUCAACGCGAUGACGUUCGUCGCGUUUUGAACGAAUCGACAUGAUACUUAAUUUUAAGCAGUAAUUAAAAUCGAUAUUUACUCAAGGCAAACGUUGCAAUGCCACACGACGUUGGUUAAUAAAACCCCGAGACGUAAAAAAUAUAGGUGCUUAAUCCCAUCAUAUGCAUUCACCAAUGGCGUGUCGCAUACUUUGUGAAGCCUCGAGAAACUAAUAUUGUUAACUAAAUACUUUAAUAAAUAUUUAUUAUGCAAGCACA